CUCCUCUCUUCCCUGCCUCCUCCUGCCCUCACGUCUCUACCUACACAGUUCCCCAACGCAGCAGGAAUGAGGUUUGAGCUCAGCUACCCUCAGUUGCCUUUCGCAGAGAGGGAAGUUGGCACCGGGCACCUCUGCUGCUGCUGCUGCUGCUGCUGUUGAGGGGGGUCCGUCUCUCCAAGGGAGGUGGAUCCAGAAGGGGGCUGGCAACAGAUCCAGAGACCCCCAUCCCCAUCCUUCACAAGAGGGGCAGAGUGAGUGGGGGGCACUCCUCCUUGGCGUAGGCUGGAAGAAGACACGGGCUCUGCUACAAUGGACCCGAAGGAGAGGAAGAAGAUCCAGUUCUCGGUGCCGGCUCCCCCUAGCCAGCUGGACCCCAGAGCGGUGGAAAUGGUAAGGGGGACGAGGGUUAGGGUCAGGGGGGCGGCAGAGGCGGCUUGGGACUUAGGGAUCAAGUUGCUGGGAAGUGUGAGCUGGCACUGAUUUGCCGGAGUCUCUCGCAGGCAGUCUUUCAGCUUGCAAUGCAAAUAAGCACAUCCAAUGUGCUUCAUGUUCUAACACACACAGAGAGAGACGGGAAACACAGGAACUUCGGUCUUUAAAAUAUAUAUUACAGGGAAGGAAGACUUGCUGAAAUCUGUGGGACUUAUUUCCGAGUCCUCAGGUUAAGCGCGUCUAUGAAAUGCCCUUUGUACGAUGCAUAUUUCUUAUAUUGAAUGUGUGUGGCUCCCACUCUUUUCUGCUGUGAGCAUUUUAGUGCUCCUUUUUUAAAAACGUGUUAAGAGUUUUCUUGUAAUUUGCAUCAUUGCCGUUUUAACUUUGUGUAAGCCUUCCCAGAAACCUGUUGAAGAGCGGGGUGUAUGAACCAGCUAAGUAAGAGAAUUUAGUAUUUGAAGCAUUGUGUAUUUACGUAGGGAUUUAAGUGACUUGCAUGCAAGUAACACCUGUGAAUGCAAGACCAAAAUGAACUAAUGAACCCAACUAGGAAAAUACAGUUAAUGCAUUGGAAAUGCACUUUAUUUCCUCCUUCCACAGGUGCACAUACACGCCCAGAUGUGCACUGUUCGCUCUUCUUGCACAACCACCCCUGAAUCCAAGCUUAUUUAAAAAAAGUGGGCACUUUUCCCCCAAGAUGGCCAUUUAAGUAUACAUUCCUGCACACCCCACAUUCAGUGUGCAUCCAAACUUUCUUUUCAUGCUUUUAUUUUUACUCCAAUGAGCAAAUUCUCACAUCAGAUGCAAAUCCCUGCUUUUCACACCUGCCUUUGCGCUUUCUGCAAUUUCACACUUAAACCAUGCAGUCACACACACACACACACACACACAGCGAAGAAAUCAACACUUUGAAAAUUGUAACUUUUGGCCAGUUUUUUUUUGUUUUUUACAACCAUGGUUUCUGGUCCUUAUGGCUUUGGAAACUUCUCAGUGGGAGUGUGAGGACAAGUCCUGGUGGAAUCUCUGAAAUCAGAAACAGGGCUCUUAAGAACAGGAUCUCCAGAGAUCAGGGGGUGGAGCGUCUGCUCUCUACUCUUUGCUCCUCCCUGUGACCAACUGAAGAGAAUGUGUGAUGCAAAAUAAGCAAAUAUAUGUGUGUUUGCAGAUGCCCGCUUUUUCAGAAUUUGAGUUACCUAGAUGCAGAUUUCUCUCUCUAAUUAGUUAAUUCCACCUGCCCACAUAGUAUACAUAGCCUCCGGCCAGAAGUUUUCUGUGAGUGGCAUUGAGCAAAUAAGUCACUGGCUUGCAAACUCUGUUCACCAUCCGUAAAAUGCAAAUACUUACAGCCUAUCUCUUGGAUUUGUGUAUGUAAGGAUAUGUACGCCCACAUCCACACAUGCAUAAUCAUAAUGUGAUUUGCACACUAAAAGUGCUACAGAAAUUAUUAUAAUUUCUAGGGCCACGAUCUAGUAAGAAAGAUGCACUUUCGAGUGUGAGAGUUAAGCACAUGUUUAAAACUUUCUCAUGGAAAUCAGUGGAACUUAACUGUAUCAGUGUUGACGCUAUCGACUGUACAACAUUGGUGGAUUGCAUUUAUAGACCACCUUUUUUCUCCACAACAACCUUGUGAGGUAUGUUAGUCUGAAAGGCAGUGAAUCUCCCUUUCUCUUACACAAACAGAGCAUGGAUUGGCUAGAACAGGAGAAGAAUUAAGAAUCACAGCCUUGUAGAGUUGGAAGGGACACCGUGGGGCAUCUAGUCCAACCCCCUGCAAUGCCCAGUGUGGGGUUCAAACCUACGACCCUGAGAUUCAAAGAUGUAUAACUUGCUGUUGAAAUGGAAUACUCAGGAUGAAACGGUGAAAUCUGCUAUGAUUAAAUGGGCACAAGAUGUUGGACAUAACAUAAUGAUGGCUGACUGGGAACAGUUAUGGACCACAGGUAUGAAGUUUACGGCAUGCAAUGCCUUAAGAGAGAAUAUUAUGAAAAUGAUAUACAGGUGGUACAUGACCCCAGUCAAGCUUGCAAAAAUCUAUCACUUGCCCGAUAAUAAAUGUUGGAAAUGUAAAGAAACUGAAGGUACAUUCUUUCACCUUUGGUGGACGUGCCCAAGGAUUAAGGCUUUCUGGGAGAUGAUUUAUAAUGAAUUAAAAAGGUAUUUAAAUAUACCUUCUUGAAGAAACCAGAGGCCUUUCUCCUGGGCAUAGUCGGCCAAUCGGUGUUAAAGAAGGAUAGAACUUUCUUUAUGUAUGCCACAACAGCAGCAAGAAUACUUAUUGCAAAGUAUUGGAAGACACAAGACCAUUCUGGAAGAAUGGCAGAUGAAGGUGAUGGACUACAUGGAAUUGGCGGAAAUGACUGGCAGAAUCCAAGACCAGGGAGAAGAGUCGGUGGAAGAAGAUUGGAAGAAAUUUAAAGACUAUUUACAGAAAUACUGCAAAAUUAAUGAAUGUUAGAAUGAUGUUGGAUUGAAGUUAAGUGGUUUUUAGCUGUAAUGGUAUAAAAGAAUAUGAAAAAAUGGAUUUUUAACAGGUAAAAAUUUAAUGCUAUAAUAUAUUAAGAUUAAAGAUCAGGAUAAAACAAAGAGGGAAAGGACUUGCUGAACUAAUAAAUUGAACUGGAAUACAGAAAAGGGAGGUAUGAGGAGGUCCGGGAAACAAGCAAAUGAAAGAUCAGUGAUGGAAAGAUUGAAUUGUUUUUAACUAUUUUUAUUUUGUAUUUUUUCCUUUUUUCUUUUUCAUUUUGUAAUAUUGUGAAAACCCUAAUAAAUAUUUAUAUAUAUAUAUAAAAAAAAAACCUACGACCCUGAGAUUAAGACUCUUAUGCUCUGCUGACUGAGCUAUCUCAGGAGACUGUUAAAUCUUGGUAGCAACAAAUUCCUAAUUCCAGAGGAGUACUAACAGCAACCAAAGCAAAGGAGACUCUUUUUGGACCUCUGAAGACUAACCAAUAUAUGGCAGCUGGCGUAAGCGGGGAAUAGAUUAUAGAAAAGAUCUUGUCAUAUGCACAAAGCUGUCAGCUAUAUAUGCAUACAUUCCAUGAGUGCAGCUGCACAAAAUUGUAAAGAUGAAAUGCUUCUUGCAGUGGGUGCAGCUUAAUGGUUAACACUACCUGUGCUGCUUUAAAGGGUCCAGCCUUCUCCAAUAACCUCUUACUGCAGUGGAGGUAAAGGUAAAGGACCCCUGGACAGUUAAGUCCAGUCAAAGGUGACUAUGGGGUUGCAGUGCUCAUCUCGACUCCUAUGUCUGAGAAGGGCUGUCCCCGAAUGCCCUUCCCCUUCUGCAUCAGGGUCUUCACCCCUAACCCCUGAAGAUGAGGAACCUGACUCCAGAGUCACCAUGACAGAAACACUAGCUGAUAAGAAGGUGGAGAACACCAGGAAGUAUUCUUUGUUGCACAUUCACAAUGAUUUGUUCUCAUGAUGCUCUUGGGGUCGUCACACGCAACCCAGCUCCCUGCUCCUGCAAAGUUUUUUAGAGCUGCUCACAUACUUUCUGUCCAAUCGGUGCACAUCCCGUAACUCCCUGAUGAAAUUCCAUAACUUUUCAUACUACGGAUGUUCUGGUUUAUUUCUGCCUUGCUUUUUCUACGCUAUAGCCCCUCCAGACAGCAACAGCACUGGGGGAGAAUCGUGGAACAAAUGAAAGCAGAAUAAAUCCACCCCCUAUAAUGCCCUGCGGGACGCGGGUGGCACUGUGGGUUAAACCACAGAGCCUAGGACUUGCCAAUCAGAAGGUCAGCGGUUCGAUUCCCCGCAAUGGGGUGUGCUCCCAUUGUUCGGUCCCAGCUCCUGCCAACCUAGCAGUUCGAAAGCACAUCAAAGUGCAAGUAGAUAAAUAGGUACCACUCUGGCGGGAAGGUAAAUGGCAUUUCCAUGAGCUGCUCUGGUUCGCCAGAAGCAGCUUAGUCAUGCUGGCCACAUGACCGGAUGCUGUACGCCGGCUUCCUUGGCCAAUAAAGAGAGAUGAGAGCCGCAACCCCAGAGUCGGCCACGACUGGACCUAAUGGUCAGGGGUCCCUUUACUUAUAAUGCCCUAUGACUGUGUCAGAAACUUGUUGCAGAAUACGAUAAAAUGGAGGUAACCAGAAAAGUGAUGGAAUUUCAGCAAGAAGUUUCCAAACAGGCAUUGAUGGAAAAUGAAGUACGUAGUGUGAGCACCCCAAAACUUUUGCAGCCACAGGCAAGAUUAGCAGGGCAGCAUAUUAUAUUAUUAUUAUUAUUAUUAUUAUUAUUAUUAUUAUAUAGCUGCCCCAAUAGCAUCACAAGCACAAAUAAUGAAGAAUGCACAGGGAGGGGAAAGGAUGCCUAGAGGGGGGCCUUAAGUGUUCCUAGGGAAAUUAAAGUCCUUCCGACUCUUCCCCACCCCAACGCUUUCUCGUAUGCUGAGCAGCAUAACAAUAAUAUAUUGAAUUAUGAAGAGCUGAGCUGGCUGCUUCUUUCCUCAUUCGCAUCUGAUGUGUCUUUAUUUCCUCCCCUCUGAGCAGCCAAUGGAGACCAGCAGGGACCCAGUCAUGUUCUCUGGCAUGCCAGGGAGCUCUUGCCAGCCAAUUCAGCUGCCUCCUCCCAAGAUGCAGGCAUGGGCUCUCUUCCCAAGCCACUUACGUAGCUGAGGGAGGCAUCCCUGAAAUCCAGGCACCUCUGGUGAUUACCUAGGGCUGUGUUAAAACAGCACUUUAUUCCAGUUUCCUUACCUGAUCUUUCUUUGCAUUUUACAUCUUCUUCCACAUGAAGUAAAGGCCACUUCUGGCCAUCUAGCAGAAUCUAGUUGACAUUUAGCACUCAUCUCUCUGUUAAUUGCUUUGUCUGCAACCCCGUUAACCUGGGAAAUCGCAGUACGAAAUGUGGGAUGGUGGUGGUUCUGGCAUAGAGGUCCUCCCUGCUGUUUCCGUGUGUGAAUCGUGGGGGGGGGGACAGAUGUGCACGUGCACAUGAAGGGUGAGGUGUGUGUGGCAACGACGUGUUCGAUGACGUCUGCUGUUGAGUCACACCACGCCCACCAGUGGGAAUGAAAUGUAGAGCGGCAGGGUGGUAUAUUGGUCAAAAAGCCACAGUUUCGUAAUGCAGCAGGUGAUGCAAUGUGAAACAAAUGUUAUGGACGGGGACAGAAGUGCUGGCAUUUCAGCUAGGGAGACAAAUGCAGCCUCUAUAGCUCAGUCGAUAGAACAGGAGACUCUAAAGCUUAGGGUCGUAGGUUCGAGCCCCACAUUGGGCAAAAGAUUCCUGCAUUGCAGAGGGUUGGACUAGAUGACCCUCAAGGUCCCUUCCAAUUCUACAAUGCUAUGAUUCUAUGAUUCCCCAUGUCCGAAUGCACCCUAAUUUGCCUCUAUGGUCGUGGAAGGAACAGGAGAGGCAAGCCAAAAGCAGUACAGUGGUACCUCGGGUUACAUACGCUUCAGGUUACAGACUCCACUAACCCAGAAAUAUUACCUCAGGUUAAGAACUUUGCUUCAGGAUGAGAACACAGGGCAUGGAUGAAACUAGUGGUCCCAGUGCUCAUUCCCAAAUCCAGGAAUGGGGCCCUAGUUGCAGCUCCCAAACAUGCUCAAAGUCUUGUCUCACAGAGAAGACCUUAGGGUACUAGGCUUGUGAAUUUGUACAGGCAAAAUUGGCAGGAGUGGUGUGUUCUCAGAACCUCACCCUUAAAAAAAAAAAAAAGAAUACAUUGCCCAUCUUUUUAUGUGUCAUAUUCCUCUGCAAAACUAACAAAUCCUCCAUAUGAUAUCUGUUCCAGAUCCGCCGACGAAGACCAACUCCAGCCUUGCUGUUCCAGCUGUCAGAAACAUCAUCCCCUGGUGAGUCUUAAUUCUUCUUAUCAGGCCAGGAUGGGGGAAGGAGAAGAGGACAGGUGGCCUGGGGUGUGGACUAGAUGGGCCUUUGGCUUUUCUUAUAUCCUUACGUCCACAGUGGCAGCAUUUGAAUAUGUAUGAACAUUCAAAACUGGUUUAUAUCAAGUCAGAAUGUUGGCCCAUCUAGACCAAGAGUGAGGAACCUAUGGCUCUUCAGAAGUCACUGGACUACAAUCCCAUCAUCCCUGACCAUUGGCCAUGCAUGCUAGGGCUGAUGGGAGUUGUAGUUCAGCAACAUCUGGAGUACAAUGUUUCCCGUUCCUGAUUUAGAUCCUUCAGCUGGAGAUAGCAGGGGUACAGGCAGGCGUUGGGCAGGAAAACAGGUAACAGACUGUAUGGCAAAGACCUUCUUUUGCAAAAAACAAAAUCCAGACACUGUUUCCUUGAGAACAACAACAACUAAAUUUUUAAAUCUUUUUGGAAUAAGCUAAACAACCUUCCUUCUGAUUCCUGUUCUCGAUUUAUAAAAUCACUGCAUGUGUAUGAUAAGAUGCAUACCGAACAUUUCAAAAUUAUUCAGAUGCCUGUAAACUCCAGUAACCCAAGGCUGUUCUGGAGCUGUUACAUUUGAUUGGCUUGGUUUUACAACUUUUUUUUUUAUUUGUACAAAUGACGUCAGCCAAAAACUUUGGUUACAGAGCAACUCAGAAAUACAACGCUAUAAAUCAGCAAUCCCUUACCCUGCCCACCCCCAAAACAACCACACCUCUGUCAGGUUGGCUGGUAAAAUCUCCAAACUGCAGAUGAAUAGAAGUUAGAAACUGAGAAUUUUGUGGUUUAGGGAUAUAGGCAAAUGCCUUGUAUCAAGCCAGAUGAUUGGUACGCCUUGCUGAAUAAAAUCUACGUCAGCCUUCGUCAAUUUGGUGCCCUGUUGGUGUUUUCAAUUACAACUUCCUUCAGGUUGGCGAAAACCAGUAGGUGCUGACUGGCAACUUCUCAGACAGGGAUCCUUCCCAGCCCUACCUGGAGAUGCGGGGGCUUGAACCUGCUACAGACUUCUUUAUGAACCCCUCAGCUGUGACCCUUCCCCACCUAGUGCGUUUGUGGCUGGGGUGAGACCCAGCCUGGAGUCUGGCCAGUGCACAGUCUUAGCUGCUACAGUACAUUAGCUGCUUAAAAAUAAGUGAUAUACUACAUAGGUAAAGGUAAAGGGACCCCUGACCAUUAGGUCCAGUCGUGACCGAUUCUGGGGUUGUGGCACUCAUCUCGCUUUAUUGGCUGAGGGAGCCGGCGUCAGCUUCCGGGUCAUGUGGCCAGCAUGACUAAGCCGCUUUCUGGCGAACCAGAGCAGCGCACGGAAACGCCAUUCACCUUCCUGCCAGAGCGGUACCUAUUUAUCUACUUGCACUUUCACGUGCUUUCAAAGUGCUAGGUUGACAGGAGCUGGGACCGAGCAACGGGAGCUCACCCCGUCGCUGGGAUUCGAACCGCCGACCUUCUGAUCAGCAAGCCCUAGGCUCUGUGGUUUAACCCACAGAACCACCCGCGUCCCUUAUAUGCUACAUAAACACACGCUAAACAACUUAAAGAUUCAGAAAUCUUUUGUAAGGGAAAUGCAAACUAAGAACCAAGGAAGGGAAAUACCACUCCCCCAACAUGGAAAGCAGAGGCAGCUGCGCCCCCGUCCUUCCCAUAACAAGCCUUGCUUGUCAAACUGCAUUGCAGGAAAGCUCAUCGCUGGAGUUUCUUUCUGUGCUCAAGGUUCCAUCCAAGCAGCUGGAAAAUAAGACUAUGUUCCUUGGUAUCUCUUGCUAGAAGUGAACAGCCUUCCAGCCCUUGGUAGCUCCUUCUCUGGACAAUAGCCUCCCUUGUUGUACAGGGACAGGCAGGGCAUGAAGGACAGAAUCUACCUAUUCCAUGGGCUGAUUCCCUCCCAAGGAACUUUCCGCAACACAUCCUCCAGCUAUGUUUAUGUGGCCAGGAAACUUUCACAGUCGGAACGGUGGGUGAGCAGAGUUGUUGCUUAACUGCAGCUGGAAUUUGCCAGUGGUUGGCUCCGUUCCAGACCUCAGAGUUGGGCCCCGCGAGUGCAGUUUCUCGCAGCGCACAUUGGGGUGUCUUAACACACAACGGCUUAAUUUCUGAAAUGAGACCUUGCGUGCUUCCAGACCGGGAGGCUUUAUAUCACACAUAGUGUUUAUGAGUCUGUGAUUGACGUAUAUUUCGCAAGACCUCUGUAUUAUUAUUAUUAUUAUUGGAUUAUUAUUAUAGGAUUAUUAUACAUGCACUGUGCAGAGGUCCUGAGCGAACACUUCCUCUGAGCUGCCUUGUUGAAAUUCAGACGUGUCUUUAGUAAGCAGCAAUAAGUGGAAAUAGGUAAAGGCAAAGGGACCCCUGACCAUUAGGUUCAGUCGUGGCCGACUCUGGGGUUGCGGCGCUCAUCUCGCUUUAUUGGCUGAGGGAGCCGGCGUACAGCUUCCGGGUCAUGUGGCCAGCAUGACUAAGCCGCUUCUGGCAAACCAGAGCAGCGCAUGGAAACGCUGUUUACCUUCCUGCCAGAGCGGUACCUGUUUAUCUACUUGCACUUUGACGUGCUUUCGAACUGCUAGGUUGGCAGGAGAAGCGGAAAUAGACACACUUAAAAAUCGAAGAAGAGUGUGCUGGAUCAGGCAAAGCAUCCCGUUCUCACAGUGGCCACCCUGUGGUAAACCUGCAAGCAGGAUUUGACCAAAAGUGCACUCUCCUCUCCUGUGGUUUCCAGCGGAUGGUAUUCAGAAGCAUUGCUGGCUCCAACUGGGGAAGGCAGUGCAUAGAUCAUAGAUCAUGGCCCUUUCCUCCGUGAAUUUGUCCAGUCCUCUUUUAAAGCCAUCCAGGUUUGUGGCCAUCCCUGCCUCCUGUGGGAGCAAGAUCAGUAGCUGAACUAUGCACUGCAUGAAGAAGUACUUGUUUUUAUCUGUCCUGAAUCUUCCAGCAUUCAGUUUCAUUAUGAGAGAAGGGGGAGGGGACCUUUCUCCAUCCACUAUCUCCAUGCUGUGCAUCCCAUAAGGAACAAAAAAGGCUAGGUUGUGCUCAGGUGAGGAACAAACGGAAGCAGCAGUGUGGCAACGGAGCCCACCCACAGAAAUGUCACAUAACAAACAGCCCGUCACAAAAAUCCACUUGUGAUUGUGGACGUACACAACAGGUAAUUUUUUACUGAUCUGAAAUCCAGGUGGAACCACUAAAAGGCAGACACUUUGGUGGCGGUGAUAUGUCCAUGAUGCAAAAACAUCUGAGCAGUUCUGCAACAAACUCCCAUCAGUGUCAGGGUCUGGGUGGAGGAGGAAUGGUGCAGACCACCUCCCCAGCCUGACCCUUCCAGAGAAGAAGGAGACAGUUCAGAAUGACAACAGAAGUUUGAGGGAGGUCACAGCUCAGAGGCAGAUGAAGGGGAAAGCUGGGAAAUAGUGGGAGAGGAGGAGGAGGAAGAAGAAGAAGAAGCACUAGGGGAGAAACAGCUGAUGGACUCAGUGUCUUUAGAAAGCAUUCAAGACCCGCCCCCCUUUCUCCCAGAACACGGUGGGCCUUGAAAGUAGGAGAGCAAAGAGCUCAAAGGCAAAGGGCACUUUCCAGGACCCAUAGCACUGGCUCAUGAGGAAGUGGGAGAGACAGAGGGGGUGGGGUUUCACUCAGAGCAACGCCAUUAUUCUGAGAGGCCACACUCCCAAGCCUCUCUCUGUGAAUAUUGCAUAAAUGCAGAUGGUAAGGACUUUUCCUUGUCUUGUCCAUUCCUGGCAACCUGCCGUGGGGGUUGGAUCCUCGGCUGCCUGACAAUCAGGACGCACUGCUAGCCAUGUUCAUGCAGAGGUAACCAGAGGUGGUGCCCAUGGGUGAAGAUGUGCCCACAGAGACCUUCUUAGACUUGAAAGAAGCAACUCUGUUGUAGCCAGUAAAAUAGGUGUGCUUGGUCCCUGGGUGUGGGUGGAUACCUAUAUUUUUUACCUGUUUGGAAUGUCCCCAUGAUUGGCGACACCUUGCUAAUGCAUUCCCAUAAGCCAGGCAUGUCCAACAGGCAGAUCGUGAUCUACCAGUAGAUCACUGGACGUCUGUGGUAGAUCACCGGUAGAUCAGUGGCUCUCCCCAAAGAAGCUAAAAAACUUUGGCUCCCCUAAAAAAGCAUCUUUGCCCUGCAUCCCUUAAAAACGGGGCUUUCCUCCCUAAAAAAAGCUCAGUGUCACUUUCCUUCUCCCUAAAGAAGCUCAACAACUUUGACCUGAACCCCAAAAAAGGGGGUAGAUCACUGCCAAUUUUUAACUCUGUGAGUAGAUCGCAGACUCUUGGAAAUUGGCCACGCCUGCCAUAAGCCAUUGCUUUCACUCUGGAAGAUCUAAACUCCAGGUGGCUACAUACUGGUGGGGGAAAGGAGCAUGCGAGAUGCAGGUUGCUGCCUUGUACCAACUCAAACCACUGGUCUAUCCAACUCAGCAUCACCUGCUCUAACCAAGCAGUGGCCCUCCAGGGAUUUCAGGCAGGAGUAUUUCCCAGCCCUAUCAGAAGAUGCCUGGGGCUGGGCCCUUCUGUAAACAACGAAUGUGCUCCACCACCGAUCUGUGGCCCAACGUACAGAAAUGGGUUCUGUGGAGCUCAGGCACAUUAAGCAAGGUUACGAUCUCUUGGGAUCAUGGACACGUUUAAUUGGAGAGGCUCUUCUUCACACAGAAGAUCUGGGCAGCUCCUAACCAAGACACAAACAGUAUUUUUUAAAACGUGAAGAUAAUUUUCAGAAAACAAGAUACACAGAGGAAGCAUUGUUUAUCCCUGGCAGUUGAACAUUUUUUCCAAGCCAAAAGGUCUGGCAGAGGCCCAGGAUGAAACCUGGGUUUUGGCUAACCACUGGAGGGUGAGUUCCAGAGUUCCAUCUUUCUGAGUCCUCUCCUUGUUCUAAACGCCAUGCUCAGCUGAUCUAAAAACAGGGAUGGGAAUCUUGUAGCCCUCGAGAUGUUUGCCGGACUACAACUCCCAUCAUCCAUGGCAAUUGGCCUUGUAAGCUGGGGUUGUUGGGAGUUGGAAUCCAGCAACAGCUGGGCAGCCAGAGGCUCUCCACCAAAAACAGGGUGGGGCAGAGUGCCCAGAUGCUAAGGAGCUAAGGAGCUAAGGAGAAGAGGGCAUUUCAGCAGUCAGGCUUGGUAGCCCUCGUACUGUUCCACUUGGAAAUGAAGCUCUACCCCUAUCCCCAUACCUUCCAACAUUUCUCCAGUGAAAUAGGGACUUCCUAUUAAAUAAUAAUAAUAAUUUUACUGUUUAUACCCCCCCCCCUUCUGACUGAGUUGCCCCAGCCCCUCUGGGUGGCUUCCAACACAUAUAAAAACAUAAUAAAACAUUAAACAUUAAAAAAAAACUUCCCUAUACAGGGCUGCCUUCAGAUGUCUUCUAAAGGUUGUAUUUUCACUUAUCUCCUGAGAUCUGGGGUUGCAUAACUCCAUACCCUCUGACAUUUCUCUGAUGAAAAUAGAGACGUCCUAAGGAAAAGCGGGACAUUCCAGGAUCAAAUCAGAAAUUGGGAUGGCUUCUGAAAAUCUGGGACUGUCCCUGCAAAAUAGGAACAAUUGGGGGGGGGGUCUACAUUCCCAGUUGCUGACACGGGCCUGAUUUUGAAGAAAGGCCUGUGCGUUGGAUUGUGAGAGGGGUGGCUUCUCCACAAAAAAGGCACAGUUACAAAAGACUUUUUGGCUUGCACUGACUUAUGCCCACCAAUAGCUCCAUUCAUCAGUGGACCCCAUGAAGCUUCAACAGGGAGGCAGCUGCUCCCACGCUAGGCGUAAUGGAUUUAACCAGGUUAUUACUGCUGAAUAGGAGGUAAAACAUUCCAGCCUGGUUCAUAAAUCCAAGCAGCUGAGCAGGUACUCUCUGAACACGACUGCAGGCAAUUCCAUGCAGGAAAGCUAUUUGCGUAAGCGGCUCACUGUGCUCUUUGGGGUGGUUUAAAAACAUGCUGAUGAGCUCCCAUGGUUUGCAGAGGCACUGUUGAAAUCAACCCAGUGCGGGGAGCCAGUCACACAAAUAGAUUGCUGUGCCAAGCUGCCUCCGCACAGUCAAGUUGCCAGGUGGUCACCUGCCUGGUUGCUUGAAUGCAUGAAUGAGACACCCUGUGCCACCAGCACAACUUUGCCACGAAACGCCUAUGAGCGUGAAUCAAGUCCUUUGCACCUCUCCCGGUGUCCUGGAGCAGGCCUCCCCAACCUGGUGGCCUGCAAAUCCCAGCAGCCACUGCCAAUGAUCAGGGAUGAUGAAAGGUGUCCUCCACAAUGUCUAGAGGAUGCCACAUUGGGUAUUUCUGUCUCAGAUUGCGGAAAUUCAGAUUGCAAUUCUACGCCUCUCUGUUGUUUGCUUUUACUGACGCUGCUCUCUUUUCUUGUUUGCUUCUUUCUUCACCUGCUCGCUGCAGAAGACGAAGGUUCUCCAUACCAGGUCAGUAUCACUGGUUAUAUGUAGGAGAAGAAGGCAUGCAAAGGAAAGGAGCAGUUGGGUGAAAAAGGCUACAAGGGCAUAUCUGGUUUAAUAGUAAUUCCUUGUCCCCAGAGAUUCCUGGAGAUGUUGGGUUGCCUGUCAUACAGUCAUACCUUGGGUUACAGACGCUUCGGGUUGUGUGAUUUCGGGUCGCGCACCACUCCAAACCCAGAAGUACUGGAACUGGUUACUUCUGGGUUCCGGUGCUUGCGCAUGCGCGGAAGUGCUAAAUCGCACUUUGCGUGUGCGCAGAAGAACCGAAUCGCAACCCGCAUGUUGCGGCGCUGCGGGUUGCGAAUGUGCUUCCCGCACGGAUCACAUUCACAACCUGAGCGUCCACUGUAUCUCAGCUUUCUUCCAUCCUGAUGGAACGGCAAUUUGCACAGGCAGGAUUCCUAGGUGCAGUGGUGUGGGGUGAAAUUUUUCAUAACGGAAACAGUUAGGGCCAGAGGAGCCAGCUUGCAAGUUCAGUGUAAGGUCAACAUUGUGCACACCUGAGUAUUGCACCUCCCUCCCUAAACAGGGCAGAAGCUUCCUGGGCUUUGGGAAGGAGGUGCCAGGCUUCUGUCAGAAUGCCAGAGCUCUGCUGCCUCCUUCCCAAAGUUGGGCAAUCUUGGGAAGGUGGCAGGAGGGCUCUUGGACCCCAUCAGAGAGAGAACCAAGUAGCAUGUCCCCAUUAUUCUUUUUUUAUUGGUAUACUAAGUGCCUCUUACUCAGGGCCGGAUUUAGGUUUGAUGAGAUCCUAAGCUACUGAAGGUAAUGGGGUCCUUUAUAUGUCCAGCUGUCCUUUGUCAACAACAAAUUGUCACUGUUUUUUUUGUGUUGAAUAUAUGCUGUAUGGUAAUUUAUGGACCUAAUAAGUAUCUAAAGCCAUUUGCACAUGUUGCCAUGCAGCUAGUCCAUGCAGAAUGUAGGCACCCUAUAUAUAGAGAUGAGCAAACCAGUGAUAUUUUAGGGAGCAGGCUAGCAGCCCAUUACUUACAUCAUAGGAGCCUACACAACACAAAACACUGUUGCUGUAUGUAGGUUUUAUUUUAUAUGUUUUUUAUCUUGUAUUUUGGAAAUGUACAUCCAGGUGUUUUUUUCCUUUAAAUUUUUUUGGGGCCCCCAAGAGAGUGGGGCCCUAAGCUAUAGCUUGUUUAGCUUAUACGGAAAUCCAGCACUGCUCUUACUCAGCAUUGCUUGGGAAUUCUAAGAAACCAAAAAAUCAGUGCUGUGCAAAAGCUUCAGCCCUCCAUCUUAAUUUAAAAUGGUGCCCCAUCGUAUCCAAACAUGGACAAAAACCUGCUUCUUGACCUCAGGAACCAUCAUGAAGACUUUGGUUCGGAUAUCUCAAGAGGUGUCCAACUGCAUAAAGAACAGACAGCAUUCCAAAAUACACAGUAAAUUUCACAGUAAUGGCACACCAGCUUUCUUUCAGGGAAGCUUGUUCCCCAUCAUUGAUCUCUUUGGCUACACAAUGAUAGGAUUCUGAGGUGCCCUAAUUUUCUCCAGAACACAUUCUGAAAAGCAUUGCUGCAUUAUAUUCUGGAGGAGUAUGUUAUAGGCCACCCAAAACGGUGUGCAUUUUCACUCUGCACACGUGUGUGUGUGUGUGUGUGUGUGUGUGUGCCUGCCAAGGAAGGAGGCUCCUUCUGAAUAAGUGCAGGGUGCUUACUACCCCUCAGUGCUGUUGCGUAAGCACAGCCAGCCUCCCCCUCCAAGUAUCUAUGGGUGUGAGGAGGCAGAAUUCCUGAAUAUGGAGGAGUGGUUGACUUCCUUACUGCUUCUCUGAACAAAGGCUUAGAACAUUUUAAGGUGAACUGUUUAACAUGGAAAUCAAAACUCCGGCUUUUAUGCAAUCAGUGGGUGGGGAAAUGGUUCUGCUUGAAGAAUACUGCAUUUUCGCAGCAUUCAAGCUUCUGCUUGCAUGAGUGUCAGAGACAGUGCAUGAGAGCCAGUGUGGUGUAGUGGUUAGGAGCAGUGGAUUCGUAAUCUGGUGAACCGGGUUCGCGUCUCCGCUCCUCCACAUGCAGCUGCUGGGUGACCUUGGGCUAGUCACACUUCUCUGAAGUCUCUCAGCCUCACUCACCUCACAGAGUGUUUGUUGUGAGGGAGGAAGGGAAAGGAGAUUGUUAGCUGCUUUGAGACUCCUUCGGGUAGUGAUAAAGUGGGAUAUCAAAUCCAAAUUAUUAUUCUUCUUCCUAAAUGGGGGGUGGGAAUUGUUGGUUCAAGGUGAAUAAUUCUCAAAAUAGGGGGAGGCUGAGGUUUUGUUUAUUUGCUAAUUAGUGGAUCAGUGUAUUUAUUUGUUUAUCAAUUGAAUAUUGCUAAUAUUGCUCGCUACUAUUUAUGUGGCUUGUUCCCCACCCCCACAGAUGUUAUAUGUAAAAUUAAUGUAUGAUAUGAUACCCCCCUUUCCCCCUGUAAUAUUGUGUACUGUGUAUUUUUCUUUGCUGUAAAUCACUUGGAGACCUUCAGAUGACAAGCGACUAAUAAGUUUAAAUAAUAAUAAUAAUAAUAAUAAUAAUAAUAAUAAUAAUAAUGGUGAGCAACUCAGGGUUUAUCUGCACCUCUGCAUGCCCCACUGCUCCCCCAACCCCAGGGAAACCCAUUCUUUGGCGCUAAAUCCAAACAAAUGGCAAUUGGGUUUUCUGCAGACUGCCGUUUGUUCCGAUUUAGCUCUAAAGAGUGAGGGAAAGUCUGGAAAGCAUGGGACAAGGAGAAAAACACUUGGACCCAUGCUUUCCAGGCCCAGGACAAACAGGAGUGUGGACGAGCCUUUAGCUUCGUGUGCUGUGCUGAAUAGCAGCCCUUAGCUAGCAAAGAGGAAACUCACAGGAGAUCUGGAAUGAAUUAACCCAGGAAUUCUCAAACUUUGUGCCAGUGCAUGCUAAUAAAUUAUUGUGGCGAGGUCAAGUAAAUACGUAACAGAACCCAAAAUACUUGAUGAGGGGUGCUAGCUCGAAUAAAAUAAUCACAAGACGCAGCGCAUGCACACCAUUUGAAUGGCAAUGCCUAUCAACUUGGGGGGCAAGCCCCCUCAAAUGUUUUCCUGGGGGAGGGGUGAAGGGACUUCAGACCUAGUUGGCUCCUAGGUACUUGAUACAGUGGAGUCUGCAGCAGGGUAGCUAGUCGCUCAGGCGCCCGGGGGCAGGGCAAGCCAUCCAUGGAGGCGAGGUGCUCUGGGCGGACCUGCAUGGAGUCCACCCACCGCUUUCUGCAUGAGUCCCUGCUCUGAGGUUGCCUCUUUCCACCAGCCUUCGCUGGCUCGCUGAUCCUCCCUCAUCUCUGCAGCAGAGCGUUCAAUCACACUUGGCACAGAAUCACAGCAGAAUUAUCCACCCUCAAAGCAGGCUGCAUAUGACUGGCGUCUCUGCUCAGGUCGGCAUUGCUCAGAUCAGCAAUUCAUUUAGAAACUUCAGCAAGCAUCAACUCUUGGCAACCUCUGAGACAGUUGCCAGGGCCCCAGCCCUCUGGCAGACCCACUGAUACCUUGGGGUCCCUUAUUAUUAUUAUUUUUCUGGCCUGAUGUUCUAAAAAGCAGCAGGUGACUAGAUCAGGUCCCCUUUCCCCCCCACAGUGCCCCCAACCUAAUAUCGCUGUGAGAAAUGAAGUGUGGUUAGACCCAUCAGCCCAGUCCUGCUUGGAGCUCAGGAAGUCCAUCGGGCCCACUGACAGAAGAGGGGGCCCACCCAGGGCCCGUUGCCCAGAGGCCCCACAAACCUGACAGACACAGGAGAGAGUAGAACCCUUUGGAGGGAAGAAGUAAGGCUUUUGGAGUGUAAAAGUUUGUCCACAUUUGAGCAUUAUUUAGCUGCUAAUCAAAAUCCACCCCUGCACCUAUUUACAUUUGUAUAGGAAGCAAAACUUUGGGCUUUCCCAUGCACACCAGCAGGCAAUUGCUUUUGUGUUUGUCCUUGCCUUCUCAUUUGCUGAUUCUAUUGUGCCAGUUAAGUACCUACAGGGUGUGCAGAGGUAGACUCUUCCUUUCUUCAGCUGCUAGGUAUCCUUCAGGCUCCCCCAUUACAGAUCCUCCACGUGUCCCUACUUUCCAGAGAUGUCCCUGAUUUAGAGAAGCCAUCCCGGUUUCUGAUUUCCUGGAAUGUCCUGCUUUUCCCUAUUUUCAUUGGAGAAAUGUUGGAGGGUAUGGAGUUAUUCGACUCCCGAGCUGUUUGUAUAGGGAUUUUUUUUAAAAAAUAAUAAUUAAUGUUUUAUUACAUUUUUAUACAGUGGUACCUCGGGUUAAGUACUUAAUUCAUUCCGGAGGUCCGUUCUUAACCUGAAACUGUUCUUAACCUGAAGUACCACUUUAGCUAAUGGGGCCUCCCGCUGCCACCGCGCCGCCGGAGCACGAUUUCUGUUCUCAUCCUGAAGCAAAGUUCUUAACCCGAGGUAAUAUUUCUGGGUUAGCGGAGUCUGUAACCUGAAGCGUAUGUAAACUGAAGUGUAUGUAACCCAAGGUACGACUGUAUAUGUUGGAACCUGCCCAGAGUGGCUAGGGCAACCCAGUAAGAUGUGUGGGGUAUAAAUAGUAAAAUUAUCAUUAUGGAAUGGGGCAUCCCUAUUUUCAUGGGAGAAAUGUUGGAAGGUUAUGCCAUUAUUUCAGUACAGUGGUACCUCAGGUUACGUACGCUUCAGGUUACAGUUGCUUCAGGUUACAGACUCCGCUAACCCAGAAAUACUACCUCGGGUUAAGAACUUUGCUUCAGGAUGAGAACAGAAAUCGUACUUUGGCGGCGCAGCGGCAGAGGGAGGCCCCAUUAGCUAAAGUGGUGCUUCAGGUUAAGAACAGUUUCAGGUUAAGAACGGACCUCCGGAACGAAUUAAGUUCUUAACCCGAGGUACCACUGUAAUAGUAAGCGCAGGGCAGGGGGGAGAACAUGAAGGCCAGGGGACUGCAACAACUGUGAGACUCUGCGUCUCUUUAUUGUAUGCCCUUUGCCUGGGCAUUGCAAUCUGCACUUCUGCUGCGCUAGAAGACCUUGGAAUUUACUCAAACAAACAAAGAAUGCCCCAUUGGAAAGUCUGGCUCUUGAGCUUAUCCCACCCCUCUCUCACACACACAAACACACCCAAGCCUGCAGAGAAAAUUUAUUCCAGCUUGCAUUUUUCCAUGACUUCCCCUUGAUCUUCAAUCACAUUAAAUUCCUCUUUAAUAUGCGACAAAGUACUGUUCUGGAAUGGGAUCCUGGGGACAGCAAGUCAGGAGCCAGAAGCUUAGUGCCUUUGAGAAAGACUGGCUGCUUUUCAAACUCUCCCCAUGACUUGUCUGUUGUUUUAUCAGAUUAUCCCUUUAAUCGCUGAGUGUGCCGCCCCAUUCCCCAGUUGGCAACUUGCUUUCCCCCCUUUUUUUCUGGAGGGGGGGAGGUAAAGCCCUUGGCAGAGGUCAGACAGAAUGCAUACCUUUUUCACCUGUUUCCCAACCCCAAAAUGAGCGGGGAACACGGACAUUUUUCCAAAAUGCGAUCAGAGCUUUUGUCUGGUGAACUACACCAAAAAAGGGGGGGGGGGGAGAGGAAAGGAUUUUGCUGGUUUUCCAGAGCUGAAUAGCUAGGUAACGGCUAACUUACAUAGCAGUCAAAAACUGCUUUGAAAAAACUUUACUGCGAUUAAUCAUCUGGGUUUUAGCUUGUUUGAGUAAUUAAAUGUAAAAGUUAUUUCCAAAAUCUAUAUAUUUUCAGAUUUCUUUUUUAAAAAGCUACUGAAAUAUUUAAGCAACCGAAAGAACUUGUGAGAACUCACAGUUUAAUGCAAAAGAAAGGCCAUCGUUUUUACAUAUGUAAAAAAAUAAAAAAUCCUUCCAUUCUGUAUUACAGUUACAUCAGAAGAACCAAAAUAACCUCAACAAAGUGUGAACAUAAUUCUCAGCCCUGCCUUUCAAAUAUUUCCAUCACCAAUUAAACAACUAACACUUCAGUUGCUUAAUUUUCUGAUUAGAGGCUGCAAAUUUAGUAAUGCGGAUCUUAUUUAUUUAUUUAUUUAUAGUUCCAUUUAAGAAGCCCUGUCUAACGCCAUAAACACCCUCCCUUCUCUGUGAACUGGAGUUCAGGGAGGAAGUGGGGCCAGUGAAAUGACCUGCUUCGGGCAGCACCAGGGAAGGGGGAGAAGGGCGGGGAGGGAAUAGAUGAAGGCAAGAUUGGUCGUCAAAUGAUGCAGCAAUGAGACAUUUCAGGGGAGGAGACUUUCCCAAGGGCUCUGCUUCAGGUCCCACCAUGCCUUGGGCCACCACUGGUGAGAAGGACAAAAGCAGAUUAUCUUUUUCAAGAGAAGUACACUUCCUGCCACGGACUGUUUCAGCAGUAACCCUGCUCCUGCUUUUCCCAGAAUGCCUCUGUCCACACCACCCCUUUCUUUUCCCUGAGCUAAACAGGUGUCCUCACUAUCCUCUAAGUAUUACCGAUGUGGGUCAACUGUCCUGUGCCAGAGGUUCCUCCUUGGGCCUUCCCCCCACAUCCAAUAAAACUCUUUACUGUUAAAAAAAAGCUUUACAUUAUUUUUUGUUGUUGCAGCUGUUCACAGCCACUGUUCCCUCCAUCUGCUGCUGCAUUUAUUAACUUAUGAUAAUGUUUAUUUCACUACUUAUUAUUACAUCAAUAUCCCAUUUCCCCUUCAAGGGAAGCUCUUUGGUGUGGCACAUGGUUCUUCCUCCUUCCCCAUUUUAUCGUCAAAACAACCCUGUGAGGUAGGCUAGGCAACUGUCCCACAGUCAACUAGGUAGCUUCAUGGGUUGAGUGGGGAUUUGAACAAUAAUCUCCCAGGUUCUAGUCUGAGGCACUAACCAUUACACCUCAUAGGCUCUCAGGGGUGCUGACUUGAAUAAAAUAUUGGGGUAGUCCAGGUAAUAAGCUGCCCUGCAUAAUCGAUCACAAGAUCACAUAAUCGAUGCACGCCAUUUGAAUGGCAAGACCCAUCAACAUUGGGGGGGGGGUGCAGCCCCUUCAGAUAUUUUAUUGAGAGUGCGAAGGGACCUCGACCCCUAGGAGCUGGCUUCUAUGAAGGCUCUCCCUCUGUCAAAGUGUGUUUUUAUUUUUUAAAAAAAAUAAUACUAACUUUCCAUUUUAUAACAUAUAAAUACAAUCUUGGUUUUUUCACAAAGUUCACGAGCUCAAAGGAGCUCGAGUGAUGUGAAAAAACAAAGUCAAUGUGUGUUUUUAAAGGCUUUCUUCUCCAUCGCCACAUGAUCCCAGCCGAUCAGGGAUAAUGUUGUGAAUGUGAUGGUGUCAUUAGCACCAUUAUGUCCUGCGUUGCCCUCUUUCGUGGCAUGAGGGGAAAGUAAAUACAUCUCCACUGCCAAGGCAUCAUGUUCAACAUGCUCUUCCUUGACAUAAGACGCUACAGUGAAACCAUCACAGGCGAUGUGUAGGCCUGGUUGUCUUGGCAACAAGGAUGCCUUCUCACCCCUCCCAUCAAAUCCUCACAAACCUUUUUGUAUGAUUUUCUCUCCGCCACCCCUAUCCUGCACAAAAGAUGGGGUACUUGUGUAUUAAAAGCAACUGCCUGCCUCCUUUUGGCUCAUCGCCGCUUUCCAAAUCUGUUGCGGUUUUGCCUCUGCACUGUGCACGAGGCAGUCUUUCAGGCAGGUUUUGAUGUUGCGGAGAACAACAUUACAGCCAAAACAAGCAUCGCUAAACAAAGGGAAAACAUAUUUAAGGAAAACCGAACCUAAUUCCAGACACUGCAAAGGAAACUUAAAAAUAGCAACUCUCCCCUCUCCCUUUGUUUUAUUGAGACACCCUGAACAGCUACAGGAUGCUUCUGGCCCUAUAAAAAUUCUCUUGGGAAGUCUUGGUGGUGUGUUUUGCUUACACUCAUCUGACCAGUUACCAUAUUUGGCAUUGGGAAGGAAAGUUCACCAGUGUCAGAUUAGGACACCUCUGUAUCUUUCCAAACAGGAAGUCAUGUUAUUGGCCAAUGGGGCCAAGAUUCCCAUUCCUUGGAAUGAAAGGGAACGCCUCGGUCCUUGCUGGAAAGUAGACUAGCCAGUGUAGAAGGUUAAUUUUCUAGGAGGUUUGUGGCCCAGAGCAAGAGAUUAUCACAGUGACCACUUGCAAGGAGCCCAUAACUAGGGAUUGAAAGACUGGUCAGUUUCAGUUCUCUCAUCUUCCAAUCCCAGUUCUCCCGGUUUCUGGAGCAAUUUGUUUUGUUAGAGAACUGUUUCACAAAAUUCGGAGAAGUGCAAGUUUUGAAGGAUAGCUGAAUUUUGGCUGUCGUGUUGUUUCGGUGUCCUUAACGGCAAACUGAAUCGAGUUUCCUAUUUCUCCUGGUGACAUGGCAGUAAACACUUACGCAGAGCUUUUAGGGCAUAGCAACAUAGAACGUUAAAUGUUAAAUGCAUCAUGGAUAUUAAAUUAUAGAAAUUAGGGGUCCUUCCAGACAGGUGUGUAUUGUGGGCUGACAAGUGCUCCUUGUGCAUUCAACUUUUUGGCAGAGCCCUUGUGCAUUCAACUUUUUGGCAGAGUCAUUGGUAUCAAAAUGCCAGCCCCUGUUCCCCCUGUAAUAAUAAUAAUAAUAAUAAUAAUAAUAAUAAUAAUAAUAAUUUGGAUUUCCCCAUUCUAGGGUAAAACAUCUGGUGGUGCUCUCCAGAAGUUGUUGGACUACAACUCCCAUCAUCCCUGACCACUGACCUUGCUGGCUGGAGGCUGAUGGGCAUUGUAGUCCAACAACAUAUGGAGUGCACUAUGCUGCCUAUCUUAGCCUAGAACCGUUUUUGUAACAUUUAGAAAACAAGCAUUUAGAAAAACCUUGCAGGCAGUAGGCACCCCCUCAGAAGCGUCUUUCUCCUUUCUUGCUCUUCUUAGAUUAUGACUGCUAUAUUAUCGAAAAACAUGGUACACUUUCCCUGCAUCCGAAUUAUCAUUAUAGUUACUUGCAGUUGUAUGCAGAUUUUGCUGAUGAACUCAUCAUCACAUUGGCAUUUAUUUGUGUGCCCCUCCACAGGAGGUCUGGAGGGUGGCAACAUGAGAAUGGGCCUUUUCUGUGGUGACUCCCAUUUUGUUGAAUGCUCUCCCCCGGGAGGGUCACCUGGUUUCUUCAUUGCAUAUCUUCAGGUGCCCAGCAAAAACAUUUCUCUUCAACCAGGCCUUCAGCUGUUAAUCAAUUUAUGGUCGUGUGUGGUGUGUGUGUGUGUGUGUGUGUGUGUGAGUGAGAGAGAGAGAGAGAGAGAGAGAGAGAGAUUAUCUUCUCCUCCUUUUACUCUUAUUAUAUAAUGUAUCUUGUGUUUUAUGCUGUAAACUGUCCUGUAGUCUCUUGAUGAAGGGAAGUAUAUAAAUUUAAUUAAUUGUGAUAGCCGUGUUGAAAACCGACAAGUUUCAGAAGCCAUUUCCAAUGUCAAAGAGAUGGGGAGCAGCCACUGAAAACAAAAUAAGAAAUGCCUAUCCAAACACACUCAGAAUCCUGGAUCAAAGCCCAAAGUGUUUAUAUGUUGAUUUGUUGAAAAUAAAAUAUCAUGCAUCAUCACAUUCCCCAUUCUUUGGGAAAUUUUUGGAGAGCUGUGCCUUUGACCUGAUGACUCUGUUUCCUUUUCCCAGAGAGCUUUGGGUGAAGGCUACCACCUUAAAAACAAAAGGAAUGCCCCCUGUGUCUACACCCCACCUUCUCUUAAAGGUAAGGUAGCUUUGAAUUGUUUGUGACUUACAGUUUUAAGUGUUAAUGCAAAAGGGCUUCCUUCUGUCUGUCCUGAAUCGCCCACCAUUUGUCUUCAUUGGAUGCAUCUGCACACAUACACACAAAGUUCUGGAAUUUAACACCUUUUAACUGUGUGUAUAUUGGGACGUGGGUGGCGCUGUGGGUUAAACCACAGAGCCUAGGACUUGCCGAUCAGAAGGUCGGCGGUUCGAAUCCCCGCGACUGGGUGAGCUCCCAUUGUUCAGUCCCAGCUCCUGCCAACCUAGGAGUUCGAAAGCACGUCAAAGUGCAAGUAGAUAAAUAGGUACCGCUCCGGCGGGAAGGUAAACGGCGUUUCCGUGUGCUGCUCUGGUUCGCCAGAAGCAGCUUAGUCAUGCUGGCCAUAUGACCCGGAAGCUGUACACCAGCGCCCUUGGCCAAUAAAGCGUGAUGAGCACCGCAACCCUAGAGUCGGCCACAACCGGACCUAAUGGUCAGGGGUCCCUUUACCUUUUUAACUGUGUGUGUGUGUGUGUGUGUGUGUGUGUGAGAGAGAGAGAGAGAGAGAGAGAGAGAGAGAGAGAAAGUCCACUUGCAACUUCAGUCCAUACAUAAUUCCCCAGAAAAACAUUGACUGCAAAUGCCACCAUCUUCGCAAUCUCUUCUUCUUCUUCUUCUUCUUCUUCUUCUUCUUCUUCUUCUUCUUCUUCUUCUUCUCCUCCUUCUCCUUCUCCUUCUCCUUCUCCUUCUCCUUCUCCUCCUCCUUCUCCUUCUCCUUCUCCUUCUCCUUCUUCUUUCUCACAGUUGCAUGAAACUCCCUUGCUGCUACCCCUCCCUCAGUCACCCCCACACCCCCGUUCCCCAGGCUGCCGGGGAACUUGCAGUUCUAAGGAAACAGACUCCGCAUGCACUUGAUUUGGAUAUGCGAGGUGCCCCCUCUCUUCCCACCCUAGGCUUUUAUUUUUAUAUUUUUUCAUAAAGAGUUGACAACUCCAUCUGCUCGGAAAGCUAACCAUUCCACAGCAGCGAAGGUGACCUUGGGCACACAGAGAGAAGGGCUGGGGAAGGAAAGGAAUAUGUGUGGGCGGGCGGGUGGGUUAUGCAUGAACCAAACUUUGCAUUACCUUGCGCCGACUUUCUUCGUUUCAGAUGAACAGAACCAAGAUGCCAGGGAGAUGGGGUGACUCAUAGCAGUGUAUGUGUGUGCAGUAUAUAAAACGGGGAGGUGGGAAUCUGAUUUGGUCAGCAAGCCAGAACCUUAUUCUCCCCUACCCCUUGAUGGGUGGGCAGGGUCACCCACCUGUCAGUCACCCGAUGAUGUCACAAUGGCAUCAGGCGAUGAUCAAAGCUCUAUGUGGUGCUUUGAAGCACUGUUUAUCAACAGGCUUGAAGCUGCAAGAGUGAUGACUUCAAGCAUCCUUUUGGAAGGAUUGAGUUGCCCCAUGGAGAACUCAGCCCUGAAGCUGAUGCAGCAGACUUUUAAGUCACCCAUCAGGGUGGUGAUUUCAGGACUACUUUCUGCAGGGAUCAGCUGCACAGUCGAGUUCCCCAUGUGAAGCUUGGUCGUACAGCCUGCCCUAUGCCUGGUGCUACAUAUUAUGUGGGCACGGUUUGGGCAAAACAGCCUCACAGGCCAAACUGGGACCUGUGUCAGGACAAAACUAGCCUUCAGGCUAGAGAUUCCUCACCCCCAUAGAAGACAGCUCCUAGUGGCUGAGGUCCCUUCAGCUCCCCCAAUAAAAUAUUUGAGGGGGUCACCCCCCCAUGUGGAUGAGCAAUGCUAUUCAAAUGGUGUGCCUGAACUGCGUCUUGUGAUCAGUUACGCUGGGUGGGGCUUACCUGCCCCCCCUAAUAUUUUAUUCAAGUUGGUAGCCCUGUUAUGAACUAUACUUCUCUGCAUUUCUCCUUAAGCCAUGCAGCUUUUAAAUGCUCCAGCCAGAAACAUAUAAAAGUUUAGUUUCUUUCCAAAAGGUCACAUUUUAAGGACAAUCUGUUCCAAGCAAGGCCCAACUUGGAAGUGGAAGAGGAUUAAAUGACCUGCUCCCCUGCCAGUCUCUCAGUGGCUGUACGGAGGACAGUCCUCUGUUUGAAGGACUCGCAGAGGCUGUCCUUUCAAAGUCCAUUUUAAAGAUAAAGGGUCUUGAAUUCGCUAGCACCUGAGCAGCAGCCCGAGCAGGUACACAGACCACCUGGCCUCAGUUUCCCCACCAUAGUGAGAUGGCUCAGUUGGUUAUAACAUGAUGCUGACAAGCCCAAGGUUGCAGGUUCGAUCCCCGAAUGGAACAGCUGCAUAUUUCUGCAUUGCUGGGGGGCUGGACUAGACAAUCCUCAGGGUCCCUUCCAACUCUAUGAUUCCAUGAUGUUUUCUCUUUCUCUGUAAACAGAGUAAUUAUUUCUUCAAUUGCAUUUAUGCACAAAAAUCAACACAUGCCAGUUUUAUGCAAGUCUCCCUCUUUCUUUGUGUGUGAUGCAUUCCCACUUUUUUUUUUAAGAAUAAUUUUUUAUUAACCGACCAAUCACAUCAAAUCAAACCAAAUUACAUAAAUUCCAAAUUACACAGCCGAAUUUUAAAUUUUUGUUGGGGGUGCCCAUAUUUCAAGUUCCAAAGGGAUCCAAUCAACUUCUUGCUUCUUACUGCUGUUUUAAUGUCCACAAAUCUAACCUUAUGAUGUUCACAGUACUAUCCAGUCCUUUCUUAUUAUUUUUCCACAUCUCUUGUUGUUGUUUUCAUAUAUUUUUCCUUUCUCUUUGUGACCUAGUGGCCCCCGAUGCAUUCCCAUUUUUUAAGCAAUGUGUGAGCAGCUUCUUCCAGCAAACAAAUAUAUAGAUAUGAAAAUGUUGGGAACUCGGAACUGUAUGCGAUUAAUGACACGCAAAAUCUGAGCCAGAGAGUCCUCGAUUUGAGAUUAAUUCAUAACGCUGGCCCGGAUCCCUUUAAGUGGGUGCUUUGUUUCAAAUGCCUUAAGUCAGAUAUACCCCAAACACUAUCAGGCUCCUUUGGGGUAGAUGUUGGUAUCAAGAAAAGGCCACUGAAAAUUAACGGCAAAUUACCAUGAUCAGGUUUGUCCUCCACAAAAGUUGAGCCUCCAAGUGCCCCUAUUUUCAGGGACAGUCCUGGAUUUUCAGAAGCCACCACGGUUUCUGAUUUGAUCCUAGAAUGUCCCACUUUUCCUUAGCACGUCCCUAUUUUCAUCAAAGAAAUGUUGGCUGAUAUGCAUUUUGAACAUACCAGGAAGAGGUUUAUAAUCAGUGUGACUCCCUCCCACAGUAGAUGCAAAAGUAAAUGGCCCUUCUUGGUCAUCAGUGAUACUUGCAUUACAUAUUUCAUCAAGGAAAUAUCCACUUUGAAAUCAUUGCAUAAAGUCUCCCUCACUAGAGCAUAUUCUGGCAUUGUUUAAAAACCUCCCACCCAAGUAGGGAUCUGAAGGCUGAAAGUAAAGCUUGAGUUUGACUUGAGUAAUCCUUGGCUACCUUGGGAAGGAAAUAAACACAGGCCUUCCAUUUUGAGUGGGAGAACCAAAGAACUCUGGUUUGCAGCUACAUUUAACAGCGAUGCAAUGAAACCAGAGUCUGUUGAAACUAACAUCAAGGUCACUGCUGAGGAAGGCCUCUCUUUGCUGCUGCCUUCCAAAAUAUAACAUUAACACAAACAGCUGACGAGGAUCACAGAUGCUGGUUUCUUGAAAGCGCAAUACCUGGAAUUUCUGGAGGUAUUCCAAACACUUCUUAUUACCUACUUUACACAGAGAAAGAGAGAGACACACACACAUUAAGUGUCAGUUUGUCACUGCAGUUCCUUCCAAGCUCUGGGAGCCAGACUCAAUUUAAAUUAUGUUUAAACUCGCUGUCGGUCACAUUAGGAAAACAUGUUAUUGGCGUCACAGUUAAGCCAAGUGUUGGUCCCUGAGCAUACAUUAACAUCGCAGUCUCCUGGGCCAUUUAUCCCUGGCAUGCUGAUAUUGUGCACACAAAUGCCAAUGACCCAGUUCAUAUGUGAUUCUGAGCACAUGGAACACCAUACAGGUAAGGUUUUUCUAAAACAUGCCCCACAUUGUACUAGAAUUGAGCCUCGAACCUCCAACACCUUGUACUUCUGAUUGUGCAUUCCCCAGUGCUGCCGAUAUCUAUGCAGCAGGAGGCUGCCACUGACUUCUUACCACCGACUUUUAGUUCUCACUGUGUCAACUUUCAACAGAGAGUCCUUACUCAUCCCUUCACAAAAGCAAGCCCUUUCUUUUUCGCUUUGACACAUCACCUGGUAGAAAUAAAAGGCAGCCGGUCGAAGCAUGGAUGUACGCACACAUGCAGAGCUUUCGAUCCAGUCGUUUGCAUUUUCCAGUUUUAGCACUAAGGUCAGCAGCAAGAACAUCCACUCUCCCCCACCCCCUGAGUGACAAGUGGCGCUAACUUCCCAAACGGAGGUUGGAAGCGCCAAGGCAGUUGGAGGCCAAUGUGUUUGACAACAAAGCCCUAUUUAAAGACCUUCCCUUGUGCUGCGUUCCUCUUCCCACAAUCUGCUGUUUGUGUCAUGAGCGCUGCCAAUAAUCGGCAGCGUUUCCUGCAGAACGCAGCCUGGAGAGGAGGGCGUCCCAGGAGAAAGGGAAUGGCCGCAGCAGGAUUCUCGACUCUCUCCAAGGCUCAAGGCCACUUUUGGGUGGUGAUGGGGAGGGCAGGGAGGGAAGAACUUGUAACGAGGGCUGCACCAGGAAUUCUCUAUCCAACUUUGGGUGUUUGCAUCAUUUCCCACUUUAAUCUGCCUUUCUCAAAGAGGAACAACUGAAAUGAACAUAGGAAUGGGGAAAUCAAAAGAGUUUUACCUAUAUAGAAGUUAGGCCGAGCAGAGUACAUGAGAGUGCGCUAAUAUUUUUGCAAGACGAUUACUAUAUUAUUAGCUAAGAUUACGAUUGCAGGUGCCACCGGACUGUCAGUAAUUUGCAGACAGGAUUCAAGAGUGUGAUACGACAUUGGUUUGUGCAACUGAAGUAGAUGAAAGAGCUCUGGACCCCCUUCAAAUGUCCUUUGUAUUGUGCAUUCAUGGAGAUUUCUGCUCAUGAUAGUAUUGGGGCAGUUGUACACCAACCCACUUUCAGUAUAGUUUGUGCCUGCAGAUGUUUUGGGUGAAAAUAGGCCUUUUGCUCCAAUCGGGACAUGUCCAGUAGCUUUCUGCUGAAAUCCUGCAACUAAUAAUAAUAAUAAUAAUAAUAAUAAUAAUAAUAAAUGUUCUGGGGUGGGAGAGGGAAUGUCCUCUUUUCAUUGCACUAUAGCGCAGGAGUGCCCUUCCAGACCACAAUAAUCCAGCAAUGCCGUGGUGGCAUUGCGUAGCAAAAAAAAAAGCUGAAUGAUGUGUGGACAGUCCAGUAUAAAUCCACCACCAAUGCAGUAUUAUUGCAUCCAGGACAUGUGGCAAAAUACUGUACUUAUGCAAAAGCAAAUCCACUAGAAGUUUGUUUUGCCAUGCAGAAAGAUGACAAGGAAAUGCAUUGAAAGGUGUGGUUUGACACAGUGACUAACAGGAAAACUUAUAAAGACCCCGCAAGCAAACCCGAAUGAAUGCUCGUUGUCAUCCAGCCACCCUGAGGACAGAUUAGAUCAAAUGUUCAACAAGGACUGGCAAACCCCCGCAUAGCUCAGUUGGGUAGAGCAUGAGGCUCGUAAUUUCAGGGUCGUGGGUUCAAACCCCAUUUGGGGCAAAUGAUCCCUGCAUGGCAGGAGAUUGGACCAGAUGAUCCUCAUGGUCCUUUCAACUCUAUGAUAAGUUCUGUGGAAGCAAAUAGGGAUGAAUGCCAGACAUUGUACAUGCCUUUAAACUGGGGCAGGGAGCUGCGGCCCUGGGAGGGGUCUGGAUGUGGCCCUUCAGGCCUCUCUGGGAAUUCUCUCCAGAAAGAGAAGCUCACUUUGGUUUGAGCCAGUGCAGUUUUUAGAUAGGUGCCUGGGUCGUGUCAUGGGUCGAAGGUUAAGUCCCAUCUCACAGGCAGUGGCUCCAUCGGCCGUAGAUGGCUGGUGCCGCAAACCUGACUGGUGUUAGGCGAAGGAGUAAAUAGACUGGGCUGAUAGAUGAAGCCAGAAUUGGGGGGCUGGGGGCUGGAGAUGAGCAGUGUUUGGAGUGCACAUGCCCCCGGUACUGGAAAUGUGCUGCCUGUCAGAAGAAUGUGAGAAACGGCAUGCCAGAAUGGUGUGUGUGUGUGUGUGUGUGUGUGUGUGUGUGUGUGUGUUUCACAUCCUUCCUGUUCUCCGACAGGGAAUGCUCACUGCCAGUUGCUCGCCCCCCACAAAGUGCUGCACUCAUCCAUUUCCCGUCAGCCUUUGCUCUCAUCAUCACUCCCCCGCACCUAUUGUUCGCACCUGUCUUUCUCUAAUUCUCUUCUUCUUCUCCCCCCUCCCAAAGCUAUUUGAUCUUCUGAGGGGGAGUUGGCACAUUGCCUUCCCACACAUACCUAAAGCUUUUACAUUGUUUCGUGGCUGCUGCUUUUAAAGGGGCUCUUAUCUCUCCUUCCCUCCCAGGGAGAACUGGGGUGCGGGUAGGGGGGAAUCUUGAGGCCUGCGGUGGAAGUAAUGAGCUGUACACAGUCUUGCACACAGCCAGGCUUGUCCGCUCUCCCUUGAUUUGGCAGGGAUGGAAAAGAUAAAAUGCAGGGUGGUGGGGAGCUGGAGAGCUCACCCGCUUCUCCCCUGAAAAAGCGGUGUCUAGGAACCAUACAUAGUCACCUAGCAGUACUGCUCCCUAAUCCCUUUUUUAUAGUUAAAAGUAGCUGUGGAAGCCUGAAUUAGAUUGGAAGAACUGCUUAACCCUUUGCAUUCCAGCCAUUUCCCGCACUAACCCCCCCCUUCCUCCCCACGGUUGCUUUCCCAUUCACGUGGUGGGGAGGGGAAAUGAUAUAGGCGCCUGUCUUCCCCUGCCCCAUGGGCACAGGUGGAAAUGCCUGCAGAUUAGCUCAGAGCAUGAGACUCUUCAUUCCAGAGCCAUGGGUUCGAGCCCCAUGUUGGGGGGAAACAGAUUCCUGCAUUGCAGGGGGUUGGACUAGAUGACCCUCGGGGUCCCUUCCAACUCUACAGUGCUACGAUUCUAUGAAAAGCAAAAGGUGACCAAUGCAUAAUAAGAAAGGAUUAAGCACCUCCUCUGCCCUGCUACUCCGUAGAUCAGUGAUGGACAGACUUGGCCCUCCAGCUGUUUUGAGACUACAACUCCCAUCAUCCCUAGCUAGCAGGACCAGUGGUCAGGGAUGUUGGGAAUUGUAGUCCCAAAACAGCUGAAGGGCCAAAUUUGACCAUCACUGCCGUAGAUCAAACAUGCUGCCAACCUCCCAAAGUAUUGUAUAGCCAUAUAGCAUUUUGCUUUGCCUUAGUAGCAUUCUUCAAGCUGUUGCUGACAGGACCCAGGUCCCUGGCUGGCUCUCUCUGCUGUGUUUACAUCCCUGUCUUCCUUUGAGGUGUGGCAUAUAUUAUUCUCCCCAUCUAAGCAGCUUACAGGGCAAAUACCCGGAUGGCUGCCAGAAUUAGGGCAGGCCCACCUGCCUCCCCAGGGCAUGAGUGACAGCAGUAUAAGUGGAAUUUAUGUCUUUGUGUGCAUGGUACUCUCCAGAAUACAAGAGGAAAGGGCAUGUUCACAUUACUGCUUCCUCCGCACCCAGCGCGUUUAAUUUUUGAAGCCGCACUCACACGGCAUUAGCCACAAUCCGUAUCAAUCCUGUAGUUUCUAGUGGGGUAGGAGAGAGCUGAAAAGAAAUUCACAUCUGGCAACCAAUGCACCCCUUUGUUUUCAGAUAGCACAUGGGUAGACGAGUCUAAAAAGCCCAGAACACAAAUUUUCAUGGCUCUCCAUCAGCUAUGGUGGCUCAGUUACCAGAAGUAAUUUAUUUAGCGUUAACUUUGGAAGUACAUUCUCAAUUCUCACCAAACUAAGCCUCUGAAUGUAUAUUUUGCUCUAGGAGGCUUAAGGAUACUUUUAGGCAAACUAAGAUUCUCCAUACUUUAUUUUAAGGCUUUGGGGGCAAAUGCAAAAGAGGACAAGGCCCUUGCACCUUCCAUAGCUGUGCUGAAGGUGGGAUUUCAGCCAGACAAGCAGACGUUGGGGAAGUUCCCUCUUCUGCAAAACUAUUCCCUGUCACAUCUGGACACUCUGCUUUGCAUGGGUAUCUUUUCGAGCUCAUGUUGCCCUGGCUUCUAUCUAGUCUUGGUCACCCCUGUCCUCAAUAGCACAGUCAUGUGGGGGAACACCCUUUCUGCAGACUUUGCAAAAGCCUGCUGUCAAUGGAGGGAUGUGGUCUUGUAAUCUUAGCUCCAUGCGCCCUUUGUCCCUGCCCAAUGCAAACACAAGUAACUCUAAGUCCUCCCUACAAUGCACAAAUCUGGGAUGUCGACAUGAGCCUUAAGCUUAUGUUCUGACCCACAAGCAAGCUGCAGUUUCCCCUUCACAGAGCUACAAUUCCCAGCACCCUUUACACUUCCCAGAAUUAUUUGGGGGUAAUUGUACCUUAAAUGGGCUUUAAAUUAUGGUGUGGAUCUGCCCUACAGCCCUUCUUCUCCUGCCUGCCCUAGGGCUCCAGUCAUUGGCCAGAUAAGCUGGUUUUUAAAACAAAAACAACCCCUCUCCACCCCCAGCAACCUCCAUCAGGAUGGCAGGUGGAUUUCCACACUGUUAGGGUAAAUAAACUACUUGGCUAAACACAACCCUGUCCCUUUCAGUCGAAGGAUUUGGUUUUGGUUGGAGAGCCAGUGUGGUGUAGCGGUUAAGAGUGGUAGUCUCCUAAUCUGGGGGACCGGGUUCGCGUCUCUGCUCCUCCACAUGCAGCUGCUGGGUGACCUUGGGCCAGUCACACUACUUUGAAGUCUCUCAGCCUCACUCACCUCACAGAGUGUUUGUUGUGGGGGAGGAAGGGAAAGGAGAAUGUUAGCCGCUUUGAGACUCCUGAAGGGGAGUGAAAGGUGGGAUAUCAAAUCCAAACUCUUCUUCUUCUUCUUCUUCUUCUUUUCAGAUUUAUACAUUUCACUCAUGAACAUGAACAUGAAAUUUAUUACUGUCAGAGACCAGCUUGAGAAACACAAAGGGAACUGCAAUCCCAAAAGCAAAACAAACAUUUAAAACAAUAUACAACAAUGGAUUUUAAGUUUAAAGGUGUGAACACCUUUUAAGUUUAAAGGUGGAAACACAUAAAAAAUUUAAAAUAGACUACCUUAGAGAAAUGAGUGCAGCUAUAUAUCUCUCGAGUUCUACAAUUUUGUAGUCAGGGCACCUUAAGCAGUCCUGUUGUCUCUCGGUGUCUAUAAUUCUUUGCCUAACCAUUGCUUUUGCUUGGCCCAAGCCCGGUCUUAGAAGGGCUUGAGCAGUCGAAGGAUUGCUGAGAAGCGAUAUGAUGGCCACCUUCAAAUAUCUCAAGGGCUGUCAAAUGGAAGUUGGAGCAAGCUUGUUAUCUCCUGCUCUGGAAGGUAGAAUUCAAACCAAUGGAUUCAAGUUACAAGAAAGGAGAUUCCAAUUAAACUUCAGGAAGAACUUUCUGGCAGUGAGAGCUGUUUGACAGGCGAAGGGCCUCCCUCGGAAGGUGCUGGACUCUCCUUCAUUGGAGGUUUUUAAGUAGAGGCUGGAUGGCCACCUGCCAUGUAUAAUCUGGUUGGGAUUCCUGCAUUGUAGGGGGUUGGGCUGGAUAACCCUCAGGGUCCCUUCCAGUGUUGCAAUUCUAUGAUCUUACCAUAGUGUGGAAUACAGAGCACAUGACCUGUGUGGCUGCUCAGGCUGCUGACCAGCUGCUAACUGCAGAUGGGCAACUUCAAGGUCUCUCCUGCUCCCCUCCUUCCAAUGGUUCUUUAGGUUUAAACCAGACUGGGAUCAGGCAGCCCUUCAAAUAGAGGACUAUACUCUUUAAAUUAGGACACAUAGCCACCCUAACUCCACCAUAUAUGCAAACUUCCAAUUUCAGCCCCCCACCCCCCUGCCAAAACCAUAGCUGAUGAAUGAUGAGGUCUAAAGCAGGGGUCAAGCAACCUUUUUCAGCCAUGGGCCAAUCCACUUUCCCUCAGACCAUGUGGUGGGCCGGACUAUAUUUUUUGGGGGGGGGGGGGAUGAAUGAAUUCCUAUGCACACAUUCUGCUCAUGUAAAAACACCAGGCAGGCCCCACAAAUAACCCAGAGAUGCAUUUUAAAUAAAAGGACACAUUCUACUCAUGUAAAAACAUGCUGAUUCCCGGACCGUCUGCUGGCUGGAUUUAGACGGCAAUUGGGCUGGAUUCGGCCCACGGGCCUUAGGUUGCCAACCCCUGGUCUAAAGUAUGUUUGACCUUUGGUAAACAAACAGCAGGGCUUGUGUAAAGGAAUGCAAAGGAAGGUGUGUCUGCAAAGAGGGUACGAAGAGGAAAAAGUUGACACUACCAAAUAAAAAGCCUCUUCUCAACAAGGAAAAGAUUGUCUUCCUCUCUCUCCCUUGUGGUUAUUUUUCUUCCCCAAACAAGGCGAAUCACAUUCCUCACUGAGGACUAGGUCCCUGCCAAGUUUAUUGAACAAGGAAACCAUUUUCCCCCUUUGUGCAAACUUUUCUAUAGAACUUUAAGCCAGUUCAGGUGAUGUGGGAAAAUUCCCGCCCUACCCUGCGUGCCUGUACUUUCUCAAAGAACUAAUCUCUUCUUUUUCUAAAUAAAUGCACAUUGAUGUUCUUUUGAUCCCAUCAAAACCGAAGUUUCGUCUGUCAAAUGUUAAGGUGCUCUUAUUGUGGGCAGUGUUUCAAAUUAUCGCCUUCAGAGGUUCUGUGAUUGAAAAAGGGAUGAGGUAAAAAAAAAAAAACUUGCUGAUCGGACUUUUCAGCUGCCAUGGAAUGUUUAGGGACAUUCUGAAUGCUGAGGGUGAAGGUGCCAGAUAUAGAAUUAUUUAUAACACUGUGGUAUCUCUGAGAAAACUGAAAGGUCGUUUUGGCUUGGGGGGGGACGUUGCAGUGCCCAGGGUCAGGGAACGGUGAAUGUUUCUGGCAGCAGGGCAAGAGUAGGAGGAGAGACUGGGUUAUUAAUGAGAUUAUGUCUGCUUUGAGGUUUGUCAGUUUUAACAGACCUGCAGAUGUGGAAGCUGCAGCAGUGGUUUCUCUUGCUCCUCCUCCCGCUCAGUCCCUUUACCCCAUGCUCUGCUCCCCUCCAGCCAGAUGAAGCAAACAUGCUGCUUCUGUGGCCCCCAAAAAGCUGGAGGGGAGGUUGGGCAACAGGAUUCGGUAGAGAGUGGGGAGGAAUGGAGCAACAUGGCCACAGCUUUUUGUACAGUUCUGGAUUUGCCAAAGAAACAGGCAUGAUCUUAGGCUUGUACGACCUAGGACCCCACAGUCCUGGAUUUACAGUUUCUGAUUUGAUCCUCCAAUGUCCCGCUUUUCCUUAGGAUGUCCCGAUUUUCAUCAGAGAAAUGUUGGAGGGUAUGGAGUUAUGCAACCCCCUUUAGAAUACAUCUGUAUAGGAAAGUUUUUUUUAAAAAAUGUUUAAUGUUUUAAUAUGUUUUAAUAUAUGUUGGAAGCCCCACAGAGUGGCUGGGGCAACCCAGUCAGAUGGACAAUGUACAGAUUAUUAUUAUUAUUAUUAUGGAAUAGGAUGUCCCUAUUUUCAUCAGAGAAAUGUUGGAGGGUAUAAGCAUGUCAGGGAGAAGGCUAGCUAGAACCUUCACCCUGACAUGAAGGGACAUUAUUAUUAUUAUUAUUAUUAUUAAUAAUAAUAAUAAUAAUUCACUCCCAUGGACCUCUCCACCUAUACUCUGAAGGUUCACCAUCUCAUUGACUCCAAGGCAGAUGGUUCUGUGAGGUCAGCCAGGUGAUAUGUAUUAGAUUUCAUACAUUUAUUUCGACCCACUGGCCUUUUUAAAAAAUGUUAAUGCUAAUUAAAGCAGGUCGCUUUAAUAAAUUCUGGCGAUUCAUGCAAAAUUUAUGCAGACAUUUUACUUCCUACUAGGGUGGGAACUUAACACAUUGUGUUUUGUUUUGUUUUUUAAAAGGAAAUUCAGCACCAAGAAGGGAACAAGGACAUGGAUUUGCACAUGCUAAUACAUAUAUAAAAUAUACCUUCAAUAGAAAAUACAUCUCACUGGGGUGGGAGAGACUGUGUCUAGGUACCUGCUGUGAGCCUGCUCAGUCUGUUUUUUCAGGUGUUCACUAUUGAUAGGCUAUUUCAAGGCCUCCUUAUAAUGAUAGCAGGAGAAGGUUGCUUUGAGUGGAUGGAAAUCUUCCAGAGUUGCUAAACACAGCAGGAGACCUGAGAGGCAAAGGGCAAGAGGGGGAGAGGAAUAAAAAAACAUGCAGGGUUUGGAAUCUGGGUGGGCUGAGUCUUGCCAGGGGAGGUUGUAAGGAUCAAGAGGAAGGAAAGAGGAUGAUAACUGAGGACUAGGGGAAAGAGGUUGAUGUACCCAGAGGAUCUCCCUUAGCUGCAGUUGUGAGUCUAAUGCAGGGCUGCUUCAAGAUGGGAGUCAGGAGCAAGACAGUAGUAAUUCACAAGGUGUCAGUGAAGUUAAAUUCAUUAUUUGAGGUUCUCCAGUUCCAAACUCCCAUUUCUCUCUGAGCGCUCCUAAGCAAAUCUCACCUGCCAAAUUUUCGAUCUUUGACAGCUGUGCAGCGCCUAGCGCAAAGCCAUUUGGAAUCCAACAGUUCCUGGAUGGAUGACGACUACCCUGAGGAUGUUGAGGAGGACGAGGAAGAUGAGGACGAGGAGGAGGAAGAGGAAGAAGCUCAGGAUUCAGAUGACACCGUGAGGGAGAUGCCCGGCCUUUGCAAGCCCGGGGGUAAGCAAUGACAAUAGCAAGCAGACACAUGAGGGGGGGGGAGACUGUGGUGCCAGCAGGGGGCAGCAGAGAAUACCCAUCUUGCGCUUGGCAUGGCUGGGCCUGGCAGCUUCUAGGUAGCUCCUACAGCGGAUGAGUCACAUGUCUAUUUGUUCUGAAGCCAUUGUGUUGGUUUAUUAAAGCUAUUACCUGCGCAGCACCAUCGUAACACAGUCGUUGCAUUUGCUCUCUUUGGUCAGUAUAGUAUGAAUGGAUAGGGAAGGGAAGGAAAAGGAGAAAGGAAUAACAAAACACAUUACACUGUAGGAGCCCACACCAAAACCAGGGGGGAGUAUUUUCUGAGAAUUGCAGAAAAUUGUUUUGCGCUGCCUUGAGUCUAAGCACCAUAGCAAAGGAAAGGAAAGUUUAAUCAUUCAUCCGAAACCACAACAGAGAAAAGGAUAUGCCUAGAUUAUGUUCCAUAGGAAAUGUAAAUAUAUAUAAACAGCCCUUCAGACUGAAGGCCCAUCUAGCUAGUCCAACAUCCUGUUUCGAGCCACAUGCUUCCGGGAAGCCUGCAAGUGGAGUAUGGAAGGGCCAGCUUAAUAACAAAUCGUUUUCCAAGCCUAAAAUAGAUGAAUACUUCCCCACUCUCUGCCUGCACUGCUACUGGCAACAGGAAGCAGCCCAGCUUUCAUCUGCAACAAACACGGAUGUCAGUGCUGCUGGGAUACAGAGAGGGAUGAGUUGACCACUCCAGCUUCCAUGUUUUCCCCUUCCCUUCCCUUCCCUUCCCUUCCCUUCCCUUCUCUUCUCUUCUCUUCUCUUCUCUUCUCUUCUCUCUAGCAAACUUCUUGCCUUCGUGGUUGCAGCAGGAAAGCCCACUUCCCAAUAUACAGUGGUACCUCGGGUUAAGUACUUAAUUUGUUCUGGAGGUCCGUUCUUAACCUGAAACUGUUCUUAACCUGAAGCACCACUUUAGCUAAUGGGGCCUCCUGCUGCCGCCGCGCCGCCAAAGAACGAUUUCUGUCCUCAAACUGAAGCAAAGUUCUUAACCCGAGGUACUAUUUCUGGGUUAGCGGAGUCUAUAACCUGAAGCGUAUGUAACCUGAAGCGUAUGUAACCUGAAGCGUAUGUAACCCGAGGUACCACUGUAUAGGGAGAAUCUACUGGAAGUUCAAAUUUACGUUGCUCCAUCUCCCCAGAAUCCAGUCCUUGUAAGCCAAGUCUAGAUCUUAACUGCCUAGCCUUAUGGGUGCAGGUGUGGACCCAUCCCCUAUGACUUUGCCUCCCGCCCGCUCCUUGCCAAGCAUUUCCCAGUUUGUUAAAAAGCUAAAUUUUGCACGCAGAAUUAAAUAUGCAAAGAUAACCAGCACAGACCUCAAAAUAUACAUCGUCCCCAAUACAUCUGAGGUUAGUCAUCGCAGUCCCCCUGCAACUGGGGGAAUGAAUUAGCCAUGACUCACUUGGGUUCCGCUGCUCAGCCAUGACUCACUUACCUGGAUCAAGGCCAUCAUCUGCAAAGUGAAUUUGAAAUUCAUCAUUUGGGUUUCUUCAACCCAAAACUUGGCUUUUUGUGGCAACUGAGAGCUGCAUGCAUGCUGCCUUCCUCCUCUAAAUCCUACCAUCGGGACUUUAUUCACGAAAUGCAUAGUUCUUCCAUUCAUUGCCAAAUAAUUUAGCGCUUGCCUUCACUGUUGGUUGCUCUUAAAAGGAUAGGAUAUAUUCAUAGGGGGCAGGUCUAGUAGCCACGACAAGCCAAAUGGAACCUCCACAAUUCAAAGCAGUACAGUGGUGCCUCGGGUUAAGUACUUAAUUCGUUCCAGAGGUCCGUUCUUAACCUGAAACUGUUCUUAACCUGAAGCACCACUUUAGCUAAUGGGGCCUCCGGCUGCUGCCGCACCGUCGGAGCACAAUUUCUGUUCUCAUCCUGAAGCAAAGUUCUUAACCCAAGGUACUAUUUCUGGGUUAGUGGAGUCUGUAACCUGAAGCGUAUGUAACCUGAAGCGUAUGUAACCCAAGGUACCACUGUAUACCUCUGCAGGUUGUUGGGGGGAAAUAGCAAGCGAAGGCCCAGCUGCUCAGUUGCCUACUUUUGACUUCUCAGGGAUAUCUGGCUAUCUGCUGCUGCAGAUACGCCAUGUCUAAUCCAGUGAAGCAGCGAUGUUCUUAAUCAGAAACACCAAAGAGUCUUGUGUCACCUUAAAGACUAAUGCAUUUAUUGUGGCAUUUGCUUGAAGGCUUAUUCCAUACUGAAUCCAUCAGCCUUCAAGGCUCUUGGCUUGUUGUUUUUUGCUGCAAUAGUCUAAACACGGCUGGUCUCCUUGGAAGUUCUUAAUCAAGAAACUGGCUUCUGCCAUCAUAAUGGCACUGCUAUUUUUUUAAAAAAAAAGUUUUGCAAGUUUUGGCAACCCCUGUAAUUUUGCUAAAUUCCGAACUAUUGUUUCAGACAUUUCUUUUCACUCCACGUCAAAAAAAAAUAAAAUCAAAUUAUAAUUCUCCGCUUUGGCAUUUAUCCUCCCCUACUCCCAAGUCUUGGUUGAAAGAUAGAAUUCCUUCCCCUGACUUCUCCCCAUUUCUGCUGCCCACCCCCCAAGAUAAAAUGCAUUUUCUUCAGCCUGAGGUGAUAGCUCAAAGGGUGCUCUGGAGAGCAGGGAGGGGCUGGUUCUCGAGGUCAAGUCGUUUCUCAAGCAGGUGGGCUGUUUCCAUGGCAAUGCUCUUCUAUUUAAAGGGCUUUCUCCCGCUGUUCGCCAUGUAUCCCACUCGCUGGGGGGUUCGCUGCAUGUACUGAAUACAUUUCCCUUCAUUUAGCACCUCUGCUGUCAGGGAGAAACCUGUAAAUGGUUCCUCCUCCCCCCCCUCCCAACUCUCUCUCUCUCUCUCUCUCUCUCUCACACACACACACACACACACACACACUCCUUAUCCCCAGUAUGGGGAGAAGCUGCUAGUCUCCUAGGAAACCAUCUUCCUCAGCAGGAAAGAGCUGUGAGAUGGGAGAGGUGGCAUCUAUACAAGGCAUCUUUCUCUCUCCCGCCUCCAGACCCUUCUGUCCACAAAUUCACUCCCUCUUGCUAUAUCAGAGCAAAAGGUCUGGAGUUUGGAGGGGUAGUUGCUAGGUGUCCGGCAGUUUUUAAAAAAGCAUUUCAGAUCAUCAUGAAAUUGUGGCCACAUAGAGCCUCUUUCAAACUGCAGAGGGAGGGCAUGGGGAAAGCGAAGAGGAGGAUGGUGCCAAGUUGGUACGUGGAUGUGGCUGGGGUUUAUAAGAUCCUAGCGGGAGCUUUGUGAUCACACAGGCUGUGUCUACACACACACAUUUACUCUGCGUCUAGUGGGCUCCCAUCCCAAGUUUGGGAACUGGCGUACAUAUAACAUUAGCCACAAUUCAUAUUUCCUGCAACAUCUUGUGAAAUGCUGUGCUGGAUGUGUUCCCCCUGACCAAAGCAGCUGCAACCUGAAUAAAGGGGGAAAGAACCACCUAACCGUGUUCUGCGCCAGUGAUGUGUUGACAGCAUCAGUCUGGGCAACCACAGGGACUGGAAACUUGGUUUCUUUUUUCUUUUCUUUUCAAAAUGCUGCCGCACAAUUAGUUUUUCGUGUCGCGCCAGCAGUAUGUACAGGGCAUUGAAAAGGCAAUGGUGUUUUUGGGUCUGGCUGAGAUGGCAAAGUUAACCUGUUUAAUUAGAGAAAAAUCAUUAUUGGCAUCUGUUAAGCACCGGAAAUUUCGUAUGGGCUUUUUGUGCGAGAAAAGAAAGCGAACUUGUAAUAUCUGGAUUUGAAGAUUGAAAAAAGACUGGUUUGUAGAUGAUAGAAUGGUUGGAUUUUAAGGAAUGGAUAUUAUAUGUUGCUGCAGGACAGAGACCUGGAAGUCUUUUGACUCCUUUCUGUCUUUCUUUAGUUUUUCCUUUCUUUCCCUUUUUCUUUUCUUCAGUUCUCUCCUGUUCUUGUCUUUUAUUCUUUCUGACUUUGUUCUUUUUUUUUUGGCUAAGUAGCUAUUUUAUCUAAGUAUAUUAUGAAAAGACACCUUGUAAUGGAGUUGUGUUUUUGUAUAUCUAUGAAUAAGUAUCAAUAAAUAAGUUAGUAUACGAAAAAAGAAAAAGAAAAGAUGUUUUGACCAUGUCUUCCUUUCCCAACUCAUAUUUCUUUAUUGUCUAUCACAGCAUCCCAGUUGGGCCCAGCUUCCAAGGCAGCCUUGCUCAGGCAAUGCACUGGUAAGAAAACACCUUCCUCUCAUGUCAGAUCUGCGUCCUAGCAAUCUAUCCAAGAGUUACGUAAUCAGAGCAAUCAGCACUGGCGCUGUCCAAAGUCAAACAGCCCUGUGGGCUUUGCAGUUGUGUAAAAGAGGGAUUCUCUUACCCUUUCAUGAUAAACUGCAUGUGCCAAAUAGUCUUGCAGACUAUUGUGAAAGUUUCAGGAGGCUCUGCCCAUCUUUCUUUCUUCUGGUUGCCUUAAUCGGAACUCAUGAGAGCUCUGGUUAAAUAGCAAACAAGCAAGGAGACUUCCGGUAAAGAUGGCGUCAGGUCAGAAAGUUGGCUCACACAAUUUUAACCAAUUUUCAAUUGGUUUUAACCAAUUAUUUUAUCAACCUUUUCAUAACUUGGAACAAGCAAGGAAUGCCUGCCAGUCUUACAAGGGAAAUUCAGGAGGUGCCAAAUCUACAUCAAGUGUAUUAAACUUACAAAUUGAAUACGCAAGAUGUAUAUAGCAUUCCAUGCAGAGGCAUAACUAGGGUCCCUUGUGCCCUUGGCAAGGACCUGUAUUGGUAUUCUCCUCCCCCCAAAAAAAUCUCUUUACCGCAAUAUCCACAUUAAAUGACAACAUUUAAUGCGACCCAAGUACGCAAAGCGUCCAGAGUGAGGGCGAGGCAAGGAGGAAGGGCCUAAAAAUUGGCACGUCUUUGUGCCAUGGUGUGAGAAGGAUGGGAAACCUUUCCUGGGUUUAUCUCUCCACACCAGAAGCAGCACUGCGCCACACACAUAUUCAUCAUACCCCGCAUAGUCUCCAUCUACCUUCAUACCACCCUGCCACUUUCCCUACCGCUCAGCUCCCAGCUUACACAGAUAGCUGAGGCAGGGAAGAGAGGAGAUCUCUUGGGUGUUAUUAGUCCCAGGUUCAUAGGGACAGGAGCCCAGCAGGAGUGGCAAGGGAGAAGGAUGUCAAAGAGCUGAGCCGCUCAAUCAGCAGAUAUAUCUAUCCCGAGAUUAUACACCCCUUAGAUGCAGCUCAGGAAUGGUGUGCUUGAAUGUUUCACCAUACCCACCCAAAAAAUCCCAAACCCACAUAGAAAAAUGUAACAUCCACUUCUCCAUGACUAUAUAUGGUAGUACUCUUACAUGCAUUUCCCAUCUGUACUCUGAAAGUGGUACAGUCUGGCUGGAGCUGUAUUAUGUGUCCAAAUAUAUCUCCUUCUGAUCCGCAUCUUAGAUGUCAGCACUUUGAUAGAAUGCUAGAUUGCUGCUUUCCACACAUGUAUUGCAUUCACUGGGAAUUGUGUGGGUGUGACAUGUUAAUUUACUUCUGUUAUCCUUGGCUCUUAAUAAUUUGCUUUUCCCCCUCCAUCACUAAAUGAUCUGUGCAUAUACUCGCAGUGUUUUUGACAUCGACCGCCUGCUUUUUCUUUUAAAGCACAGAGCAGCGCUCAUGGGGCUCCAUCACAGCACUGACCUUAGCUUCCGCAGCGCUACAAUAUCAAGUGCUCCCAGAUUGUUCAUUGGUCCAUAUGUUUGUGUGUGUGUGUGUGCCACCUUCUCACUGUUCGGUGUGCAUUUGGCAACGCUGGCUGUUGCUUAUGGUCCUUCCAGAUACGGGCUUAAUACUGCGAAAGAUUGUUGUUGAGGGAUUGCUGCAAAAAAAACAACAACCAACAACUUGCAUGUGUGAGGAGCACUGAUCCCACAAUAAAUGUAUAUCUGGAAGCACCCUUGGAGAAGAUUGUGUUGCUAUAAAACCAGUUGAAUCACAAAGAUGCUGCAGCCUCUGUUAUCCUACCUGAUAACGUUGCUGCUGGAUGCCUCCAGAUUUAAUCCAAGACAUAACAAGAAGGCCGCAUCAUGUUUAAUUGGAACACACACGUACAUGGUCUUCAGACUAGCGAAAGAAGCACACAGGCAGAGGAGACAACAUACAAACUCAAACACACACAACGGGGCAUUUGUAGGUAGUGACAUUUUCUCUCUCCUUUUUCCUCUUCAAUCACCAUCACGGCUGCCUGAGAAGUCUUGGAAAACAAGCCCAAAGAAUCUGAGCAUCCCAUCUAUCCUGCACUCUCCAAAUCACAGAAACGGAAAGGUAAAUGUUUGUGCGACAACUGCAGGGCUUAAGUGGGAUUUAUCACUCGGGUUAUAUGGGCGAAGGCAAAAAGCCUUUGAGAGUUAAAGAUGGCAUGGCAGCAGCAGCAUUGCCCACGGGGGGCAUACUUUGUUGUUGUUGUUGUUACCACCCCACCAUUUUCCGUGACAGAACUCAAAAGAGCUUACAGAUAAAAAUAAGAACCACUAAAAGCAUAGGGGGGGAAAUCAUUAAAAAAACAAUUAAACAUUGAUAUAUUACAACUAUAUAAUAUAUAAAACCUGUUAAAACCAUAUGAAUAAUUACAAUAAAAACAGCACAGCAUCAGCCCUUUCAUUCAAAGCAGUCAGUUCCCAAAAGCCUUUUGGAACAAGAAAGUCUUCACCUGCUGGCAGAAGGACAACAAGGAAGGAGCCAGUCUAGUUUCUCUAGGAAGGGAGUUCCAAAGCCUGGGAGCCACCACCAAGAAGGCCAUCUCCCACGUCUCUCCCAAGUGCCCCCGUGAGGUGACAGGAGCAAGAGAAGGGUCUCCCCUGAAGAUCUCAAAACCCAGCCAGGUUCGCCUGAGGGAAUAGAGUCCUUCAGAUAGCUUGGACUGAAGCUGUGUAGGGCUUUAUAAGUCACAACCAGCAUUUUGAAUUGUGCCUGGAAACCGACGGGUAGCCGGUGGAGUCGUACGCUCCAUACGACAAGCCCAGGUAAACAAUCCGGCUGCAGAUCUUUGAGCCAGCUGAAGUUUCUGAGCACUUUCCAAAGGCUGCCCCACAAAGAGCGCGUUACAGUAAUCCAAAUGGCAUGUAACUUAAGUCGUGCAUCGCCGUGGCCAAAUCAGAUAGCUCAAGAAGCGGGCACAGCUGGCUGUGCACGAGAAGAUUAUGCAGGAUUCUGAUGCUCUAAAAAAAAAAAAAACUUUUGAAAGCUGCGAACAAUGGCAGUGGUGGGCAACUCUCUCUCUCUCUGCCUUAUCACUGUCAUCUGCCUGUAGGAACUCUUGUCCUUCUCCAGCCACGGUCUCCAUGGAAACAGAAUCAUAGGCAGAUCUGUACAUAUUUUGUGAGUAGAGAAGAGGACUCUCAAUAAAACGUUGUGGCGUGUCCCUUCUCCACAACAGUCCCUUUGAACAGGAACCUUCUACCAUUGUUGAGGGCUUAGAGACGAGCCCUUUUUUUCCUUUCCCAGAAUCCUCUGCUGCACCAUAUAGUUGCCAAGAGUUAACUGUCAGGGAUAGCUGCCAGCCCUGAACGUCAAGGUUUCAUUGCUUAUGUACUUGGGGAAGAAGAGUUUUAUAGGCUUGUGGUGUGCCCUCACUGGAUCCUAGUGCUCUCCUCUAGGAUACUACUGGGGAUGGUGGACAAUGGGCAGGAUGAGGCCCACCAAGCCAUUUGAAGUGGCCUGCUCCGGUCUUCAGAGAUCAGUCUGUGAAAAACAGAGAUUGCCCUCUUUACUGCAAUGUGUAAGGCUUCUCAGUUGCACAGAGAGCCUUCAGACACAGAGACUAUUAAAGCUGUUUGAUCAGCCAGCAGGUUCAAUAUUAUAUACAUACAUGACUUAACAGCGAAGGCAGUUGACUUUUUUUCCAUUCUGUCACUGCAAAGCUUCAUGAAACGAGGUUUUGUCCUAUCCGCGUGAAAUUUGGCAUAAAGAAUAUGCCUUGGGUGGGUUGAGGGCAGCAUAAUAUGGUGAAAUUUCAGAAAAUCCUGGAGAAGAAUGGCUGAAUUAGAGCAGUUCACACGUUUUGUGUUCAGGUUCAGGCAACCCAUGUUACUUGCCAUUAUUAUUAUUAUUAUUAUUAUUAUUCACAGUCAAAGCAUACCUUACAUUUACCCAUUUGGGGCUGUUUCCAUUAUGUCGAAAACUUGUGCCUGUUUCAAGAAUCUCCUUUCUUCUGGUCAAAAUCUGCUGUGUAUAAAUCAAUUCCCAUUCUAAUCAGUCAUUUAACUAAGAGUGAGUUGUUCAAAACAUUGCUCGUUGCCAAACACUGGCUCUUCCCAGAGGGAGCUUGCUUCUCAGAAGAAAAAUGGCCAUCGCUGAGGAGGAGGCUGCUGUGGAAGACGGUGGGUGGGAGGAAUGGAGCCGCUGUGCUUGUUUUGGUGUGUGCAAAAUGCUUCAGCAUGAGUCUGGGUGCGUUUGUGAGUGAAUUUCUGCUGCAUAUGUGUGUGAGAGGAGAGUGUGUGUUAGACAAAGGGAAGCUGCCAUGACUGAAUGGGAUUUGCAGUCUCUGGCUCCCCCCCCCCCCGCCCCCCGGUGAUUCCCGCCGCAACUUCUUUUGAGAUCUCUGCCCUGUUUGCAAUCUGUGAUCUCAGCAGUGGAUUUGGGCCCCAUACAUUUAAAGCACGUGGCUUUCCCUCAAAGAACCCUGGAAACCGUAGUUUGCCCUCACAGAGCUACAGUUCCCAGCACCCUCAACAAAACACAGUUUCCAUGAUUCCUGGGGGGGGGGGUAUGUGUUCUAAAGACUUUUAGAAGACAUCUGAAGGAAGCCCUGUUUAGAGAAGGUUUUUAUGUUUGAUGGAUUACUGUAUUUUAAUAUUCUGUUGGAAGCCACCCAGAGUGGCUGUGGAAACCCAGCCAGAUGGGCGGGGUAUAAAUAAUAAAUAAUUAUUAUUAUUACUAUUAUUAUUAUUACUAUUAUUAUUAUUAAGGCACUUUAUAUGGUUAUUGCAAGCUAUUCUGUCUUAGCUUUAGGCACUUAGAGUGAUAACAGCAAUAGACUGCAUGCGAGGCCUGGUAUUGUUCAGGACCCAUUGAGCCAGUUCAUUAUCUUCAUCAUAGUUCGUUCCAUGGUUGAAGAACCAUAUCAGGACUAAAAUACAGUCCAUUACGGCAAAAGCGGGAAUAAUGUUGAGAUAAUUAUAAAAAUAGCCUCCUUUAGACGGCUGAUGUAAAUAUUACUAAGAUAAUAAUUGCAAAGUUGUUUUGACAUCAAGGGCAGUAUAAUUCAUAUGUAUUAUGGGGUUUGUCCCCCUCCCUGCUCCCACUCCCACCACCAGAGGGGGCUUAAUGGAAUUCAGUGAAGAUUCUUUUCAAUAAACGAAAUAAAUUCUAGAGGGGGUUUUUUUAACCCUUCAGUUUAAGCAGAGGCGGAUGGGGGGGGUGUUGCAACCAAGCUGAGGGUUAGCCAUCCCUGCUGUAAAGGAUGCUUGCAGGGCAAAAGAUGUUUUGUCACUUCUUGCUCAUCAGCGGGACGCUUGUUCCCAUCAGGUGGGCAGAAAGUAUCCUUUGCUGGAUCCGUAGAGGAAGUCCCCAAUGAAUCUGAGCAGCCAGAAGGUGCUGAAGGUGAAGCCCAGGACCAGCAGAACCAGGAGACAGAGGUGGGACCGGAGCAGGGAGACCCGCCACUAACAGGUAAUGUACCUGAACAAAGGAGCUCUGUCUCUGCUGGUUGCUAAUCAGCACAGUGCCUAGCUUAGUCCUUGGCUUUUAACAUGUUGUUGCAUUCCUAGUGUUGCAAAAGGUGUUUUAAAAAAAUUGUAGGUUUUGCCUGUUUGCCUCACAAGAACCCUGAGUAAGGGGCUGAUCCAUGGGCAGAAAAAAAUAUUUAUUUGGUUUUUCAUAUUAAAGUUUUACAAUCACAUAUCCAGCAUCCAAAAAAGAUUCCAAAGAAUCUCCUGGACUUCCCUCCUCCCCUCUGUGAGUCCUAUUGUAAAUCAUUUCCUCCUGCAUCUUUUAUAAUAAUAGAAAUCUUUUACAUCUCCAUUAUGUCCAAAAUUCACCAUUGAACUACAAGUGUUAUUCCAAUCCUACUAAUGAUUUUAACUGUUUACAAUGGUUUUUAAGAUAAAUUAUAAAUUUCUUCCAUCCCUUACUAAAAUUUUGGUCUUCCUGAUUUCUGAUUCUUCUGGUCAUUUUUGCCAUUUCGGCAUAAUCCAUCAACUUAAUCUGCCAUUCUUCUCUGGUCGGGACUUUAUCUUCUUUCCAUCUCUGGGCCUCCUCUGAACUAUUUUAAGUUCACUUUACAAUGCAAAGGAUAAGUAUAAUGCUGGUUUAAUACUGUGUGACAACCAUCUCUCAAACUGGGACCUCUUCAAGAAUCUGCUGUGGUACAUGAGAUUAUGUUCUGUGACGUUAGACAUGAAAGAUAAUGACUGACUCAAGCCCCCCUCCCCCCAUGAGUUUCACAUCAGAGUAGUGAUUUGAACCCUGAUUGCCCUGGUCCAAGCCCAGUGCUCUAUAUUGUAUAUUCCACACUGCCUCUGGUUUAAGAUCAUGGCUGGGAAGUGAAUGAUCUAUUUAUGACUAAGAGUAUUUAUCUCUCGCAUUUGGGCCCUACAGAGCCCCCCACCAACCCACCACCAGCAGAAAUGGCUUCCUCGCCCUCAGUUUCCCUAUAUAGCUAAAAAGUUGCCUUAGCUGGCUGGUCUAGAACUACCUGAUUUUCAAGGGUCUUGGUCUGCAUUCGAAAUUAGCCAGGCGCCACUCGCGUUUUGCAACUGGCAACCAGCCCUUUGCAGCUGGAUGGAGAUGUCCGGGUACCACCUUUGGUGCCUAGCAUCUCCCCUUGCCUGGCUGCAGUCAGCUGGUCUACCAGGCACCUGGUGAAAUACCUGAUUCGUCCAGCAGUGCGGUCAGAUGGACAGGGUGCAAGAAACAAAUUGGUGGUGGUGGUGGUGGUGAUGUGGUCUGGGUGAUGUCCCAUGUCCAGAACAGAAAUUAAUCCAGUGAAUAUGAUCAUUAUUCACUGUUGUUGUUUUCAGCCUACAAACAAUAUAGAAUGAUUGUGUAAUAAGUCAUGUUUCCCCUAUCCGCUUUGCACUGACUUUCCUUUGCAUUGAAAUGAUUGGUGCAGAAUAACAUAAUGAUAAUGCAAUUAUGAAAAGUUCAACCACAGUGAGACGAACAAUGUAGGCUUCGUCAGAAGCCGAAUGCAGAACAGAAGGAGUCCUGCAUGUGACUGAUAAAAGGUGGAACGGAAGUUGAUGCCUUCUUAAUUCCCUAACUGUGACAACCAUCUCAUCCCCUCCUUGAGAGCCAGUGUGGUGUAGUGGUUAAGAGCAGUGGACUCAUAAUCUGGUGAACCGGGUUCGAUUCCCCGCUUGUCCACAUGCAGCUGCUGGGUGACUUUGGGCUAGUCACACUUCUCUGAAGUCUCUCAGCCCCACUCAGCUCACAGAGUGUUUGUUGUAGGGAAGGAAGGGAAAGGAGAUUGUUAGCCACUUUGAGACUCCUUAGGGUAGUGAUAAAGCAGGAUAUCAAAUCCAAACUCUUCUUCUUGCUUUGGAUUUUACAAGGGAAGAUUACUUCUUUUCAAGUUAGUUUAGAACCAGUUUUGACGGUCACAGCCAUUCAGCAGGAAACCCUGGGAAUAGGAGCCAUAGGAAAGAGCAACAGGCUUCUUACAUGGAAAUGUCAGCACCUUCACAAAUGAUGGCUGCCAGAGGGAAAACCAUCUUUAAAGUGAUUUGAAACUGGUGUAAAGUUUUGUCAUGUAGAUGCCCUACAUGUUGAGAACUCCCCCCCCAAAUGCUUAUGUUUUUCCUCUCCUUCUGUAGAUCAUGUUAUGGAACUAAGUCGCUCCAGCUGGGAAGAGAGACCUCCCUGCGCUCUUAGCGCCGAAAACCGUUCCUCCCCACCCCCUAUCCACACCACCACCUAGCGCAAGCAGUGAAGGGGUAGAGUCGGGAGCUGUCCCACUGAUGGAAAACUCUCCUUUUUCACCAAGAUGGAUUGGGUUAUUUCCUUUUAACAACUAUCUUCUCUUUUCUGUUCCAGAUUUGUCUUUCUUUUCACAGUGUUUGGUUUGUGUUCCGUGAAUUAUUUAGCACAAGGGAAAAGGAAGUGGGGGGAGGGGGAGCCACAGUCACUGGUAUCCAAACUUCCACAUUCAGAAGGAAUAUAUCAUCUUUCUGACGGCCAGAGGCUGGGCACAAGUGACAAGAGGGUGGAUAUCCUUACUGUGCCUUUGCUUGUGAGGUUCCGGGGUUCGGGGGUGUAUGCAUAAGAGCUGUCGUUGUCCACAGGGCUGCUUGUUUGGUGUAAUCCAGCAUGGCGGUUCUUAACAUUUUUUCACCCAUCCAGAUCUGAAAAUUUAAAACUAGUAUCUGAGACCAGUGAAAAUAACCAGGUAGCUGGCCUGAAGACCAUCGUUAGAUUCUCAGAAAUCCAAGUUUGAAAAUGUACAACUCACAGCUGAAUUCGAACUGAUAAGCUGGAGGGGAUAUCUACAAUUAAUUCACUUCUGAAUCCCUGCCACCACCACCUCUCUCUCUCUCACACCUGCCUCCCCAAUGCCCCAUUCAUCUCUCUGGAAGCUGCAAAUUAAAAUCUAAUCAUUUUGUAUAGUUGAAACUGCUCUCCCUCCCUCCCUAUGCUCUUAGACCCUUACUCCGCCACCUGUGUAUUGGGCAAUGCCUUUCCAUGUGCCUCUCUGCUCUAUUAAAGCUUUGUAAAUAAA